AUGAAAAUAUUUUUGCCACUAGUCACGUGGAUAGUGAUACUUUCGAGUACAGUAUAUUCACAACAAUUAUCAUCACCAUAUCAAACAAAUCUCAAAAAUAGUCGAUUUCGUGGCGAAGUAUUUUUUCUAAAUCUCGAGGAUGGCUAUUUCGGCUGUCAAGUUAAUGAAUCCACAGAUUACUUACAAGUAUACGACUUAUCGAAAUUAUGCGACGGUAAUCAAGAUUGCUUUCUUGGUUCCGAUGAGCUGAAUAAGGAGCUCAAAUGCACAAAUGACUGUGAUAAGGAUGGCACCCACUGCACCAAUGGUGUUUGCCUGAAUGGUGUUUGCCACUGCAAUGACGGUUACGGAGGUUGUAAUUGCAAUAUUCAAGAUGAGAAUGAAUGCAAAUUUCGCCCCUGUGACGUUUUUGCACACUGCACCAAUACGCUCGGUAGUUUUACGUGUACCUGUUUUCCUGGCUAUCGUGGAGAUGGUAUUCAUUGUGAAGAUAUCGACGAAUGCCAAGAUGCAUCAAUAGCCGCACGGUGCGUUCAAAAUGCCGAAUGCUGUAAUUUGCCCGCACAUUUCUUAUGUAAAUGUAAGGACGGUUACGAAGGCGAUGGUGAAGUUCUUUGCACAGAUAUCGACGAAUGUCUGAACCCGACUGCUUGUGGGGCAAACGCUCUGUGUAUUAAUACUCCUGGUAACUACACAUGUGAGUGUCCAGAAGGUUUUUAUGGCAGUCCUUAUGAUGGCUGUCAGGAUAUUGAUGAAUGCACGCAUCCAAAUGUAUGCGGUCCUGGUGCCAUAUGUACGAACCUUGAGGGUGGUUAUCGCUGCGACUGCCCGCCAGGUUAUGAAGGAGAUGGACGCUCAGAAAGUGGUUGCUUGGAUUACGAUGAAUGUGCUCGUUCGCCUUGCGGACGUAAUGCCGAGUGUCAAAAUACAGAUGGUAGUUUUAAGUGUUUAUGUCCAGAUGGUUAUUCUGGCGAUCCCGGUCAGGGCUGUGAAGACGUCGAUGAAUGCGCUACUAACAAUCCAUGUGGCUUGGGUGCUGAAUGCGUGAAUAUGGGCGGUAGUUUCAUAUGUCGUUGUCCAUUGGGUUUCAUGCUUGAACAUGAAACGACAAAUGCUUAUGGCUACAGCGAUACCAGUAAUACCGCUUUAUCAACAAAUGGUGCCGGUCUUGCAUGUAUCGAUAUUGAUGAAUGUAAUUUGCCAAAUGGAUUGGCUAAAUGUGGUACAAACGCGAAAUGCAUAAAUUUUCCAGGCUCAUAUCGUUGCUUAUGUCCAAGCGGCUUUCAAGGACAGGGUUAUUUACAUUGCGAAAAUAUCAACGAAUGUCAGGAUAAUCCUUGCGGUGAGAAUGCAAUUUGCACCGACACAAUUGGAAGUUUUGUUUGUACCUGUAAAGCAGAUUACACCGGUGACCCUUUCCGCGGUUGUACUGAUAUUGAUGAGUGCACUGCUCUUGAAAAACCCUGUGGAUCUCAUGCUAUAUGUGAAAACACCUCUCCAGGAUAUAAUUGCAAAUGCCCACAAGGGUUUGAUGGUAAACCAGAUCCAAAAGUUGCUUGUGAACAGGUUGACGUGAACAUACUAUGCCGUACUAAUUUCGACUGCACAAAUAAUGCUGAAUGUAUCGAAAAUCAAUGCUUCUGUUUAGACGGUUUCGAGCCAAUAGGCUCGAGCUGUGUUGAUAUCGAUGAGUGUCGCACACAUGUCGAUGUUUGUGGUGUACAUGCGCAAUGUAUUAAUACACCAGGUUCUUAUCGUUGUGAUUGUGAAGCCGGAUAUGUAGGCACACCUCCGCGAAUUGCUUGCAAAGAACCAUGCGAGGAUGUGCACUGUGGUGAGCAUGCGUAUUGCAAACCUGACGGUAAUGAAGCUUAUUGCAUAUGUGAAGAUGGCUGGACUUUCAAUCCAUUUGAUGUUGGUGCUGGCUGUGUAGAUAUAAAUGAAUGUGAUCAAGCACAUGGACCUUUUGGUAGCUGUGGAAUAAAUGCUACGUGCACGAAUACGCCAGGUGGUUUUAAUUGUGAAUGUCCGACAGGUUUUACAGGCGAUCCUCAUUCAAGAUGUAUAGCCGUUGAUGAAUGCCGAGAUGGCAAUAAAUGUGGUGAAGGUGCGGAAUGCGUUAAUAUGAACGGCGGUUAUACGUGUCGUUGCCCAACAGACUCAAUACCUGAUCCCGAUCCUACAGUACGUUGCGUACCUGUUGUUAUUUGUUCAACUGAUAAUGAUUGUCCUGGAAACGCUAUUUGCGAUGGUACGAAGCGUUGUUUAUGUCCUGAGCCUAAUAUGGGCAAUGAAUGUCGUCAUCCGUGUGAAACAAAAAGUUGUGGAACACACGCACAGUGUCUGAUUGCAAAUGGUAAAGCUCAAUGUCUUUGCGCUGAAGGCUUUACAGGAACUCCAAAUACACCUGGUGGUUGCUCUGAUAUUGAUGAAUGUAAAGCAACUCCAUGUCAAGCUAAUGCUAUAUGUACAAACACUCCUGGUAGCUAUUUAUGUCAGUGCCCUAGUGGAUCCAAUGGAGAUCCUUAUCGAGAAGGCUGCGUUUCUGCUAAAGUUCCAUUUAGUUGUUCUGAUGCUAAUCCAUGUGCCGCAGGUGAAAGCUGUGUUACAAAUUCUUAUACUGGCAAUAGUGUUUGUAUUUGUCGACAGGGUUACGAGCGUAAUUCGGAGACUGGUGAAUGUCAAGAUAUUGAUGAGUGUUCUGAAAAUAGGCAAAAACCUGCUUGUGGUGUCAAUGCUUUAUGUAAAAACUUGCCUGGAAGCUACGAAUGUCGGUGUACACAAGGUUUUAAUGGAAAUCCAUUUGUUUUAUGUGAGCAGUGUAAUUCGCCAGAAUGUCAAUGUCAACCACCUUAUAAACUAGUCGGAAAUAGUUGUAUUUUAGCUGGAUGUUCACAAGGUGAAAAAUGUCCGUCAGGAGCAGAAUGUAUUUCAAUCGCAGGUGGCGUUAGUUAUUGUGCUUGUCCUAAAGGCUAUAAAACACAAUCAGAUGGUUCAUGUAUUGAUGUAGAUGAAUGCGCUGAACGUGGUUCACAAGUUUGUGCAUACGGUGCUGAAUGCAUUAAUACAAAAGGAAGUUUCACAUGUGUGUGUCCAGAAAGCUACAGUGGCGAUCCGUAUAAUGGAUUAUGUGCACCUGCUCAACGCAAAUGUGCUGCUGAUAAGGAAUGUAACACUAAUGAAAAAUGUGUACAACCUGGUGAAUGUGUUUGCCCACCUCCAUUUUUCUUUGAUCCUUACGAUAAUAAUAAAUGCAAAAAUCCUUGCGAACGUUUCCCUUGCGGUAUAAAUGCUAAGUGUACGCCAACUGAUCCGCCACAAUGCAUGUGUGAGGUUGGAUUUAAGGGGGAUCCUUUAUUGGGUUGUACAGAUGAGGAUGAAUGUGCACAUUUACCCUGCGCUUAUGGAGCUCAUUGUAUCAACAAAAAAGGAGGAUAUCAAUGUGUUUGUCGAAAAGGCUUUACAGGAGAUCCUUACAUAAGCGGUUGCAUAUUGGAAGCAGGAGUUACAAAAAGUAAAUGCAUUAGUAACGAUGACUGUGCAAGUAACUUAGCUUGUGUAGAAGGCACAUGUGUAAGUCCUUGUUCCAGUUUACUUUGUGGAUCAAACGCUUUUUGCGAAACUGAAGAUCACGCAGGCUGGUGUCGUUGCCGUGUUGGGUUUGUCAAAGAUUUGAAUGGCGACUGUGUAUCACAAUGUAAGGAUGUUAUUUGUGGAGAAGGUGCAUUGUGUAUACCCACAUCUGAUGGUCCAACAUGUAAAUGUCCUCAAGGUUCUUUAGGAAAUCCGUUUCCGGGCGGAAGUUGUUCUACAGAUCAAUGUACUGCUUCCAGACCAUGUAACUAUCGUCAAAUAUGCAUAAAUGGUAGAUGUAAGGAAAGAUGUGAUGGUGUAGUUUGUGGUGUUGGAGCUACUUGUGAUGCAAUUAGUGGAAAAUGCAUAUGUGAACCUAAUUUUAUUGGUAAUCCUGAUCUUGUUUGUAUGCCGCCAAUUAAAUAUGCAGUGUGUGAUCCUCCCUGUGGGGAAAAUGCCCACUGUGAAUACGGAUUUAAUAAAAAUAUUUGUUCUUGUAAUCCUGGCACAUCUGGAAAUCCUUAUGAAGGCUGUGGAGCUCAAAGUAAGAAUAUAUGUUCACCAAAUAGUUGUGGUCCAAACGCUGAAUGUCGCGCAAAUAUAAACGGUAUAAGUUGCAUUUGUCCACAAGGCUUUUCUGGAAAUGCGUAUGUUGGUUGUCAAGACAUUGAUGAAUGUCUAAAUAAACCCUGUGGACUUAAUGCAGUUUGUUUGAAUACUCAUGGCGGCUUCGAAUGUCUUUGUUUGUCCGGUUUUGCUGGUGAUCCAUUUAGUAGCUGCCAACCUGUCGAUACUGUGUUCUGUGAUAAUCCUGAUAAAUGUCAAUGCAAUGAACGCGUUGAAUGUCCUGAUGGAUAUACAUGUGAUUCUGGUAAAUGUAAAAAUUUGUGCUCUACAACAGCAUGUGGACCAAGAGCAGUAUGCGAUGGUGGAAAAUGUUUGUGUUCAUUGGGUUAUAUUGGUGAUCCAUAUGAUUCUAAUAAUGGGUGCAGUAUUCGAGGUCAAUGCAAUAAUGAUGCAGAUUGCAAACAUUCUGAAAUUUGUUUCCAAUUCAGUAAAGGAUUAAGAAAAUGUGUAGAUGCAUGCUCAAAAAUCCAAUGUGGACCAAAUGCCUUAUGUGUCUCAGAUGAUCACCGAUCAUCAUGUAUUUGUGCUGAUGGCUAUUUCGGUAAUCCUAGCAAUUUACAAGUUGGUUGCCAUCCUGAACGAACGAUUCCUGAUAACGACGACAAAUGUAAAAAUGACGAUGAUUGCGAUUCUGGAUAUACUUGCUCAGCUGAUUUGCAUGGCAAAAAAGCCUGUGUCAAUCGCUGUUCGAAGGUUGUUUGUGGUACAAAUGAAAUAUGUAAGAUUGAUAGUAAUGGUCAUGCUAUAUGUAAUUGUGCAGAUAGUUUUGUCUGGAAUCCUUUUAUUUCUGCUUGUGAAAAGCCUUCUUUACCGGAUUGCACUAGUGAUCAAAAUUGUCCAUCCACCUCAGCUUGUCGACCGGAUGUUGUUGGUGUACUGAAAUGUGUUUCAAUUUGCGACGAAUUUACAUGUCCAGCUAAUUCAAUUUGUGUUGCACGUAAUCACCAAGGUCGUUGUGAUUGUUUACCAGGAUUUGUUGGUAAUCCAAAUGAUCGAAAUGGUUGUCAAUUGGUUCCUAAGAAUCAAUGUCGUUCUAAUGCUGAAUGUGCGGAAUCGGAAGCUUGCAUUAAACACGGAUCCAGUGAAAAUCUUUCAUGUAGACCUGCUUGUGAAAGUAUCAAAUGUGGACCUCGUGCUGUUUGUAUAACCAAUAAUCAUUUGGCUCAAUGCCAAUGUCCCCCAGGAGCAUUUGCAGGGGACCCAUAUGAUCCUUUCAAUGGUUGUCAAAAUGUUCCUUGUGUUUAUAACAACGAUUGUCCAACAACAAAGUUAUGUAACCGUCUGACACAUACAUGCUUUGAUGUAUGCGAUGACGAAUCUUGUGGGGAAAAUGCCAUUUGUUUAGCAGAAGAUCAUCGUGCAGUAUGCCAAUGUCCACCAGGUUUUAAAGGAAACCCAAUUGCAGAAGUAGAAUGUGUAAAAAUUGGAGGUUGCGCUGCAAAUACUUGUCAUCAUUCUGCUGUUUGUGAAGUCACACCACAAGGACCAAUUUGCAAAUGUCCAGAGAAUUUCGAUGGUGAUCCUACUACCACAGGUUGUCGACCAGAAGGUCAAUGUCCAAAUGGAGAUGCAGACUGUCCAGCAAAUACAAUUUGUGCUGGUGGACGUUGUAUUAAUCCAUGUGAAAACGCUUGUGGGGAUAAUGCUGAAUGCAAAGUAAUCAACCGAAAACCAGUUUGCAGCUGUCCACUGAAAUUCCAACCAAUUAGUGAAACCGCUAAAAGUGGCUGCACACGUUCUGUAUCUAAAUGUACUUCUGAUAUUGAUUGUGGAGGAGAAGUGUGCUAUAACGGACAAUGUCGCAUUGCGUGUAGAAAUUCCGAAGAUUGUUCCGUAGGAGAAAAAUGUUUACAAAAUGUCUGCGUUAUAUCGUGUCUAGAUCAUAGUCAAUGUGCUUCAGGAUUAGCUUGUUUGGAAGGCUUUUGUUCUAUUGGUUGUCGUAGUAAUAAAGACUGUGGGCACGAUCAAUCGUGUAUAAAUAGUAAAUGCACAAACCCAUGUCAAAAUAGCGGAAUAUGCGGUCCAAAUGCUUUGUGCAAUAUUGAUAAUCAUCGCAGUCACUGUACAUGUCCUGUAGGAUUUGAAGGAAAUCCCACACCAGAUCAAGGUUGCGUACGUGUUCCAGCGCCUUGCUUGGCUUCAAAUCAAUGUCCCACUAGUCAUAUGUGUAUUGGAAACCAAUGUAAUUUACCAUGUCAAAAGACAUCUACUUGCGCUAUUGGCGAACGUUGUUAUCAAAAUGUAUGUCGCAAAGUGUGUUAUACUAGUAACAACUGCUUACCUGGAGAAAUAUGCAAUAACGAUGGUACUUGUCAUCCAGGCUGCGAGUCUGAUGCCGACUGUCCACCCACCGAACUCUGUUUGAACGGUAAAUGUAAAUGUGCAAUUGGUUUUAUUGGAACACCUUUUGGUUGUUCUGAUAUUGAUGAAUGCACCGAAAAUCCUUGCCAUAAAACAGCACAUUGCGAAAAUUUACCCGGAUCAUUCCGCUGUAUUUGUCCUGACGGAACAGUUGGUGACGGUUAUUCGAAACAGGGUUGCACAAAACCAAAGGAGUGUUAUAAAAAUGAUGAUUGCACCACCAGCCUUGCAUGUAUAAACGAUAAGUGUACAGAUCCAUGCUUGAGUUUAACAUGUGGUCCGAACGCAGUUUGUCAGUCAGAUUAUCACGCAGCUAGCUGUAUUUGUCCAGCGGGAUAUUUAGGUGAUCCUAGCGAUUCGCAGGUAGGAUGUUUUAAAGUAGAAUGUAUAGCUGAUGACGAUUGUGCUAAUGAGAAAACGUGCGACAGUGAAACCAAUCGUUGCAUGAAACCAUGCGAUUUCAUUAACUGUGGUAAAGGAAUAUGUAGUGUUACUGACCAUAAAGCAGUUUGCACAUGUUAUGAUGGAUAUCAUUUGCUCAAAAAUGUAUGCGAGGAUAUUGAUGAAUGUUCAUCGACACCUUGUCACAGUACCGCGAUUUGUAAUAAUUUACCUGGUAGUUUUAAUUGUCAAUGCCCUGAAGGACUUAUAGGCGAUGCAGUUCAUGCUGGUUGUCGCGAUCCUAACGAAUGUCUUACAGAUUCAGAUUGUCCGUCUUCAGCAAGUUGUCAAAACUCACGUUGUAGAAGUCCAUGCGAUCGAGAUAAUGUUUGUGGUCUUAACGCAAACUGUCUCGCACAGUCCCAUAACGCAAUAUGCACUUGCCCAACUAAUUCUCGAGGUGAUCCAUCGGUUGAGUGUGUGCACGUUGAGUGUUCCGAUAAUGAUGACUGCGCAAACGAAAAAGCUUGCCUCGAAUCUAAAUGUGUUGAUCCUUGUUCAUUGCCAAAUGCAUGUGGUACUCAAGCACAUUGCACUGUACAAAACCAUAUCGGCAUAUGUUCUUGCGAAACAGGAACAACUGGUAAUGCACAGCUUGGCUGUGUGCCUCUUCAGUAUUGUAAUACAGAUAGCCAGUGCGCCUCUGGAACGAUAUGUUCAAAUGGUAUCUGCUGCUCCUUAUGUAGUUCGAACCGUGAUUGUAUAUCUGAUCAACUUUGCAUACAGGGUGUUUGCCAACCAACUUGUAAAACAAACUCUUCAUGUCCGGAAUUCCAAUACUGUCAAAAUAAUAUAUGCACUAAAGAAGUAUUAUGUCGUGAGGAUAACGAUUGUGAUAUUAAUGAAAGUUGUAUAUUGGAUGCCUAUGGACGUGCAAGUUGUGAAAACGUUUGCUUAGGACGUGCAAUUUGUGGUCGUAACGCCGAGUGCAUUGCUCGAAGCCAUGCACCUGAUUGUGAAUGCAAAGAAGGAUUUUUCGGCGAUCCCAACACAGGUUGUCGCAAAAUUGAGUGUAACUCUGAUAAUGACUGUUCAAACGACAAAACUUGCGAUAAUCAUAUGUGUAAAAUUGCGUGUCUCAUAGGCCAACCAUGCGGAGAGAAUGCGCUAUGUACAACAGAAAACCAUAAACAAGUAUGUCAUUGUCAACCUGGUUUCACUGGUGAUCCAACAGUACGUUGCGAAGUUGUUGAUUUUUGCAAAGAUGCUCCUUGUGGUCCCGGUGCACGUUGUCGUAAUUCACGUGGCACAUUUAAAUGUACUUGUCCACCUGGGUUGGUCGGAGAUCCCUAUAAUGAAGGAUGCCGAACAUCUGUUGAGUGUGAAACUAAUGAAGAUUGCCCACCGCAUGCGGAAUGUUCUAAAACUAAUGGAGUAGCAAAGUGUCACGAUGUCUGCGCAAAUGUUAAAUGUGGUCCUAAUGCGGAAUGUGUUCCGAAAGGCCAUGUUGCACAGUGUGCAUGUCGUGGUGGCUAUGAUGGUAAUCCCGCUGACCGGGUUACUGGAUGCAAGCCAUUACCAGUACCAUGCCACGUCACCAGCGAUUGCCCGACAAACACUUACUGUUCCGAUAGCAUAUGUAAACCUGCGUGCGUAUUAGAUACUGAAUGUAGCAGUACCGAAGUAUGCCAAGGAGGACAAUGCAUUAAUCCUUGUCUGCUACAACAAGCCUGCGGUAUGAACGCAAGGUGUGAUAUACAAUCCCAUUUAAAACAGUGCAGUUGUCCCGCUGGAUUUACUGGAAAUGCUGAUGUGGAAUGUGUUCGUAUACCAGUUGCUUGUUCCAGUGACGUGCACUGUGAUACCGGGUAUACUUGCCGGGAUUCCAUGUGUCUACCAGCAUGCAUACAUGAUCAAGAUUGUGCGUUAAAUGAGAAAUGCCUGCAUGGUAAUUGCAUGUUGACAUGCCGUGUAGACAACGAUUGCUUUUUGGGCCAUAUUUGCUUGCACAAUAAAUGUGUUUUCGGUUGCCAUACCGAUGAUGACUGUAGUGCUUCAGAAUCAUGUCGUAACGAUAAAUGUAUAAACCCAUGUGUAGAGAAUCCCUGUGGUCCAAAUGCAGUGUGCUCAGUUUCAAAUCACAGAGCUGUUUGUAAUUGCCAGGAUGGUAUGGUGCCCAAUCCCACACCUCAAGUGGGAUGCGUACGUACACCAGCAUUGGAAUGUUAUCAGAAUCGUGACUGCCCGAACGGUUUGGCUUGUUAUGAAUCAUCUUGUCGACCUUUAUGUGCCGAUGAUAAUGGUUGUCUAUCUAAUGAACGCUGUCAAAAUGGUGUUUGCAAGCCUCUUUGUCGUCGGGAUGACGAUUGCCGUAACAAUGAAGUUUGUUUGGAACUAACCUGUGUAUCAGGCUGUCGUUCAGAUCAGGGAUGUCCUGGAAACUUGGCUUGUGUUGGUCAGCAAUGUGUAGAUAUUUGUAAUGAUCCUACUGCAUGCGGUACAAACGCAUUUUGUACUACGGUGAAUCAUCACAAAGAAUGUACUUGUCGAGAAGGUCUUGUUGGAAAUCCGGAAGUUGCUUGUAAGCCACCAUUUAGUGCUUGUGUACAUAACGAAGAUUGUAAAACUAAUCAACUUUGUUAUGGCGGCAGUUGUCAAGGCAAAUGUCGCAAUGAUCAAAACUGUCUCGCGGAUGAACGCUGUUUGCGCGGCACGUGUCGCACUGUGUGUAAUACUGAUUCGGCUUGUGCUGAUGGUCAAAUUUGUGAAAAUCGUGUAUGUCAAGUAGGCUGUCGCAGUGACUUAACUUGUCCCAAUGAACAGGCCUGCAUGAAUAAGAAAUGCAAGAAUCCAUGUGAAACGGCCGGCCAGUGUGGUCAAUGCGCUAAUUGUAUUGUUGUUAAUCAUGGUGUGCAAUGCAGUUGCCCAAAUGGAUUUAUGGGUGAUGGUCUUACAGGAUGUCAAUUACCACCACAACGUUGUAAUCCAUCUUGCCAGUGCGACGAAACGAAAACAUAUUGUGCAGAUGCAUGCACUCGUUCCGAAGAUUGUGCAUGCGGUCAACUCUGCUCUCGCGGCAAAUGCCGUGCACAAUGUGGUCCUAGUAAAUCAUGUCCAUUAGGACAAUUAUGUGAACGUGGUUCCUGUAUAGCUGGUUGUAAGUCAAACUCUGAUUGCGCAACUGAUAAUGUUUGUUUAAAAGGUCAAUGCACGGAUCCUUGCAACGACAAGAAAUCAUGCGGAAGAAAUGCACUAUGCACUGUUUCCGAUCACCGUAUGCUAUGCUACUGUCCUGAUGGUUAUGAAGGUGAGCCAAGCAAAGAAUGCAUACAAUUUGAAUGUCAUCAAGAUGAGGAAUGUGAAUCAAACAAACGUUGUGAUAACGGCAAAUGUCGUAACCCUUGUCUAGAGUAUGGAUCUUGUGGCGUUAAUGCACAAUGUCGUGUAGUAAAUCGCAAACCACAGUGCUCAUGUCCGCCAGAUUUCCUAGGCAAUCCAGCCGUCGAAUGUCAACCCGCAGAUGGUGGUUGUGCAAACAGUCCAUGUGGUGCUAACUCCAAAUGUACAGAAGUACCUGGAGGAUAUGAAUGCUCAUGUAUGGAUGGCUGCAUGGGUGACGCUCACAAAGGAUGUGUCUGUGAAGGACACCUAGUAAAUGCCUGUUACGAUCAACCAUGUGGAGUCAACGCUGCUUGUCGAGUUUUAGAACAAAAUGAAGCACAAUGUUACUGCCCAGAAGAUUUUCCAUACGGUGAUGCUUAUGUACAAUGUUAUCUAAAUCCACCACAGCAUGAUUGUCGCACUUACGGUUGUGAAGUUGGUGAAUGUGUUCGUCAAGGUUUUGAUUAUAUCUGUAGGCAAGACACCGAACAAUGCAACUCCGAUACGGAUUGUCCAAGUGAAAAAUCCUGCCUGCAUGGACAUUGUACUGACCCUUGUACAAUGCGUGGUGCUUGCGGUGCGAAUGCACUUUGCAAAACCGUACUACAUCGUCCACGUUGUUCAUGCCCAAGCUGUUAUAUAGGACGUCCUGAAGUUGAAUGCAAACCAGAUCCGAAAUGCACUGACCUAACAACACCGCAACCACGCGAUCCUCAAGAACAAAUAACAUGUACAAGUAGUGAGGAUUGUCCAGAUGUUUUACAAUGUACUACGUAUGGUCAAUGCACAGAUCCUUGCCAAAAUCCACUUUUCAUUUGUGGUGGUAAUAAAAAAUGUGAAACACGUCGCCACCAACCAGUGUGCGUUUGUAAAUCCGGUUUUAUAGUGAAUGAAUAUGGUGAAUUAACGUGUGCACCCGAAAAACGAGAAUGUUAUCGCGAUGAUGAUUGUGCCUCAAAUAUGGCAUGCACAGAAGGUAAAUGCCGUAAUCCAUGUAUUGUGCCUAUAGGUCAAAAUCCUAUAUGUGCCGAAAAUAAAUCGUGCGAAGUGCAGGAUCAUAAACCAUUAUGUAUAUGCAUGAAAGAUUGUCAGCCAUCAAUAUCAAUUUGCUUGCGCGAUGCUGGCUGUCCAGCUGGACUGGCAUGUCGCAAUUAUCAAUGCGUCAAUCCAUGCGAUUUUGCAAAGUGUGCGCCCAAUUCACCAUGCAUUGUAGAGGACCAUAAGCCGAUUUGUAAAUUCUGCCCGCCUGGAUUUAUAGCCGAUGCAAGAAAUGGAUGUCAAAAAGAAAUUGGUUGUGCAUCCAGCGAUGAAUGUCCCUCUCAACGGGCCUGUGUUAAUACUAUUUGCGUUGAUCCCUGCUCGUACUCAAGUCCUUGUGGUCACGAUCAAGAGUGUCAAGUUCUCGAUCAUCAGCCAGUAUGUUCCAAAGUUUGCGAAUGCCAACGAAAAUCUGAUUGCCACUCUGGCUUUGAAUGUGAUGGAUGUCACUGUCGACAAACCACAGGACGCACUCCUGGUUGUGAACAUUGUCCGCAAGGUACUAAUUGUGAUCCAACUACUGGUGCUUGCAUUAAAGCUAAGGUAUCAGUAACAAACACUACCAAUAUAACAACUACAUCUAACCCACUCACCACUGAUGAAACUACUAUUACCACUACCGAAAGAGUAUACGAUAUUGUAACUACUAGAAGCACUACUAUGCACACAAUAACGUCUGAUACUAACACUGUACCAAGCACAACGGAGUAUACUACUAUCAGUUUAGAUACAACAACAAAAACUGGGCCUCCAAAGGGCUAUAGAGAUGGUGAAAAUAAUAUAACUGAUAGUACUCCAGGUGAUUUUAUAACAACAACAGCUGGUACAACAACAAGCACUGGUAUAACCACUACUACUAUAGUUACCAGUGCUAGUAAUACAACUAGUUCUAUAACUACCACAGCCAAUACCACAACCCGUGGUGAAGGUAUUAAAGGCUCUUCCGAUGCAAGAACGACAACACCAAAAAUGAAAACUACACGCAUUGAUACAUCAAACGAAUUUGAUUAUAAUAUGACAACAAUGUUGACAACAACACAACGUUAUGAUGCUUCAACAUUUCCAGUACUCGUUGUCACUGAUGGAAUGAAACCAAUAGAGACAACAACAAUAAUCACUGAUAAGGAUAUGGUUACAAAUGGUGAACCCACAACAACUAUAUUCCCUGUUUUAAAGCCAAAGACUACAACAUUAAUUGAAGUACCGACUGUGUCUGGUACAACUCAAUCAAUUUACGACAUGAUUGAACCACUUACAACAACACAAACCCCUGAAACGAUCAGUAUGAUAAACACCACUAGCCAAUCCAUCACAACCACUACCGAUAUCACAAUUAUUAACACUUGUACAGAACAUACUAAUUGCGCUUCUAAUCAAUUGUGCGUAAUGGGUACUUGUCGCAAAAAAUGUCUGCCUGACGAUAAAAGCGACAUUGGCUGUGUAAAAGAACCACCAGGCACACCAAAGAGACCUGAACCAUGUCAUUCAAAUAACGAAUGUAUUGAAAGCGAAGCAUGCUACAUGGGUCUUUGCCAAGAUCCGUGUGAGUUCGCCAAUAUAUGCGCACCGACAGCUAAGUGCGUAGCUAAAAUGCAUCGUCCAAUUUGUUCAUGUCCAAAAGGACAUGAAGGCAAUCCGACUAUUAAGUGCUCACCUGCCAACAAAUCGAUUGAAUGUACACACGAUUCCGAUUGCACUGUAACGGAAGCCUGCAUCAAUGAACGCUGCCAACAUCCUUGCGAUGCUCAUAACCCUUGUGCCCAAAAUGCUGUUUGCAUAAACACCAAUCACGUUGCGGACUGCAGUUGUGUAGAUGGUUAUCAAGGGAACGCUUUUGUGGGAUGCCAGCCAGAAAUUCAACACACCGCAGUAUGUCAAUAUAACGAGGAUUGUCCACCAACCAAAUUAUGUGACCGUCUUAAUCGUCGUUGCAUUAAUCCCUGUCAAGAAGACUCAUGUGGCGAAAAUGCUGAAUGUGUGCCUGUUAAUCACGGCAUUGAGUGCCGUUGUUUGCCUGGAUUCCUAGGCAAUGCAUAUAUUGAAUGCAGUCAAGUGCACGGUUGCCGUUCGGACUCAGAGUGUGAUAGCAGUGAGGCAUGUAUUAAUGGAAAAUGCUCAUCUCCUUGUCGCUGUGGAGCUUAUGCACUUUGUGAUAUAGUUAACCACCGUGGUAUAUGCAAAUGUCCUGCGGGUUAUGCAGGCGAUCCAAAAAUAUCAUGCAGUCCACCAUCGAACCCAUGCGAGCCCAAUCCCUGUGGUGUUAAUGCUUUAUGCGAACUUGAUAAUGGCAAUCCAAUUUGCUAUUGCCCGAAAGGUUUAACUGGAAAUCCAUUCAAAAACUGCAUUCCUGAAGGAGAUGAAUGCUCACCUAAUCCAUGUGGGCCCAAUUCCGGAUGCCGUUUAGUGAAUAGUGCGCCUAUAUGUUUCUGUUUACCAGAAUAUGAAGGUCAACCACCCAAUAUUCCAUGUGAACUUCCAAGUAAUCCUUGUGACCCUUCACCAUGCGGUCCAAAUACACAAUGUGCUGUGUUAAGCAAUGGAUUUUCUAAAUGCACGUGCUUGCCAGGUUAUGUUGAAAGUCCAAACACAAUUCGAGGUUGCAUAGAGCCUGUAAAUCCAUGCGAUCCCAAUCCAUGUGGAUUGGGUGCAGUGUGCGAUUCUUCCCGCAAUCCAGUUUGCUUCUGCCCUGAUAAUAAAAUUGGCAAUCCGUUUAGAAUAUGCGAGAAACCGCCAGUGACUAUUGAACUUUGUAAGCCAGGUCCUUGUGGUCGUAAUGCUGAUUGUUAUGUAGCAUCUAAUCGCGAAGAAUGUUAUUGUCGUCCUGGCUAUAUAGGUGAUCCUUAUGAGGGUUGUCGCGAACCAACGCGGACUGUAUGUGAACCGAAUCCAUGCGGCCCAAAUGCACAAUGUGUGAUAUCAGCUAGCGGACAAAGUUCUUGUAUAUGUCCAGAUGGUUUAUUUGGUGAACCAUCAUCAGUAAUCGGUUGUCAUGGUUAUGAGUGUCAAAUUGAUGCUGAUUGUCCCCGUGAUAAGGCUUGUAUGGGAUUUAAAUGCUAUGAUCCAUGUCCAGGUGCUUGCGGCCCAGGUGCAAAUUGUCGUGUUGAAGAACAUCAUCCAGUGUGCUCAUGCAAUGCUGGACUAACUGGCAAUCCCGGUGUACGCUGUUAUGCUUUAGAUGUGCCGAAAAAACCAACUCGAAAUCCUUGUAUACCUAGUCCAUGUGGUAUAAACAGCGAAUGCAAAUUGCUUAAUAAUCGAGCAGUAUGUUCUUGUUUACCCGGUUACUUAGGAGAUCCACAAUCCGGAUGCCACCCAGAAUGUGACAUAAAUUCUGAUUGCAGUCAAUCACAAUCUUGUAUUAAUCACAAAUGUAUUGACCCAUGUGGCGGUACUAUAUGUGGAAUUAACGCCAUUUGCAAUGUCAGACAACAUACACCAAUUUGUACAUGUUUAGAUGGAUUUACUGGUGACGCAUUUUUGCAAUGUGUUGCGAUUGGUGUACUUAAAAAUGUUUCACGUGACCCAUGUACACCUUCUCCGUGCGGGCCAAAUGAUGUUUGCUCAAUUUAUGACGAUGGUGUUGCGCUCUGUGAUCCAUGCUUUGGGCCUAAUGCUCAGCAGAAUCCUCGUUGCCGCCCGGAAUGCUUAUCUAAUUCGGACUGUCCUUUCGAUAGAGCUUGUUUGGGACAGCGUUGUCUGGAUCCAUGUCCCGGCUCUUGUGGUCAUAAUGCUAUAUGUAAUGUAUACGAACACAAUCCAAUUUGUAGUUGCCCACAAGGUUUAUAUGGUAAUCCAUAUGAACAUUGCUCAUUACCGUCACCAGUUAUACCAACUCCAUCUCCAAGUUGUGAAAAAUUACGUUGUGGUGCUAAUGCUGAGUGUAAAAAGCAUGGAAGUUCGUUAGCUUGCGUAUGUCGUAAAGGAUACUUUGGCGAUCCUUUCAUUGGCUGUCGACCAGAAUGUGUUUUAAAUACAGACUGUCCAGUAGACAAAUCAUGCGUGAAUUCAAAAUGUGUAGACGCAUGUGUUGGUGUUUGUGGUAUAAAUGCUGUUUGUCAUGUUGUUAAUCACUCUCCAGUUUGUAUAUGCUCUGAAGGUUAUACUGGUAAUGCUUUCUUAGCAUGCAACCCAUAUUACUUGCCACCAACAAAGACACCAAGCAAAAAGCCAAUUAACCCUUGCAACCCAUCCCCAUGUGGUCCUAAUUCUCGUUGCCUAGCAUCAAAUGACGGGUCUGCUGCUUGUUCUUGUUUGCCGAAUUUCAAAGGGGCGCCGCCAGUUUGUCAACCAGAGUGCGUUGUUAGUUCAGAAUGUGUUCUGAAUAGAGCUUGCAUUAACAAUCGAUGUGCAGACCCUUGUCCUGGAACAUGUGGCGUAGGGGCACGUUGCGAAGUUUUAAAUCACAAUGUUAUCUGUUCAUGCGAACAAGGUUUUGAAGGAGAUCCAUUCGUUUCAUGUUCACGAAUACCAAUGAUUACUGACGAACAGCCACGUAAACCAGAAAAUCCAUGUGUACCUUCACCUUGUGGUCCCAAUUCUAUUUGUCAAAUAAAGCAAGGUCGACCAGUUUGCUCUUGUAUUGCCAAUUACGUCGGUAGCCCACCAUACUGCAGACCUGAAUGCACAUUAAAUAGUCAAUGCUCAGCCGAUAAAGCUUGCAUUCAGGAGAAAUGUCAAAGUCCUUGUACUGAUACAUGUGGACACAAUGCACGUUGUACAGUUAUUGCACAUUCUGCGCACUGUAGCUGUGAACUAGGCUAUGAAGGUGAUGCAUUUGUGGGAUGCUCAAAGGUUGAAGAAAAAACUCAUGAUCGCAUUGACCCAUGCUAUCCAAGUCCAUGUGGGGAAAAUGCUGUGUGUGCUGAACGCAAUGGUGCAGCACGGUGUACAUGUAUUGAACCAUACAUUGGUGAUCCAUAUACAACUGGAUGUCGACCUGAAUGUGUUUACAACUCGGAAUGUUCCUCUGCAUUAGCUUGCAUUAAGCAACACUGUCGAGAUCCUUGUAUCGGCACUUGUGGCACUAACGCCGAGUGUACUGUGGUUAAUCAUGUACCUACUUGUAGUUGUGCAUAUGGUUUUGAAGGCAAUCCAUUUGUUGGCUGUAAGAAGGAAAUUUACCCAAUCGGACCAUUAACACCAUGUGAACCUAGCCCAUGUGGACCUAAUAGCAUAUGUCGCAUUGUUGACGGUCGUCCAACUUGCUCAUGUCAAGUAGGCUACUUCGGUGCUCCACCAACGUGCCGACCUGAGUGUGUUGUUAGCUCCGAGUGUAACCAAAACUUGGCUUGUAUUAAUCAAAAAUGUGUCGAUCCGUGCAUAGAUACGUGCGGAUUCAAUGCGAAAUGCGAUGUUGUUAAUCAUAAUCCAAUUUGUACAUGCCCUGUUGAUUUCGUGGGCGACCCAUUCGAGCAAUGCAUGCCAAAACAACCAGAACGUAAGGUAAAUCCAUGUAUUCCCAGCCCAUGUGGACCAAAUGCUGAAUGUCGUGUAGUUGAUAAUCGUUCCGCAUGUAAUUGCGCACCUGGCAUGUUUGGAGCUCCACCAAAUUGUAGACCGGAAUGUGUUAUACAUCAAGAUUGCCCAUCUCAUCGGGCUUGCAUUCGUCAACGCUGCGAAGAUCCUUGUGUAGGUGCAUGUGGAUUUAAUGCCAUUUGCAGUUCCCAAAAUCAUAAACCUAUUUGUUCUUGCAUUGAGGGUCAUGAAGGUGAUCCCUAUGCGGGCUGUAAUAUGCGUCAAAUCGUGGUGCCUGAUAUACCAAGUGAUCCAUGUAUCCCUUCACCUUGCGGUUCCAAUGCCAUUUGCAGCAAGCGUAAUGGUGCUGGUUCAUGUAAAUGCAUGCAAAAUUACUACGGCGAUCCAUAUAUCAAUUGCAGUCCAGAAUGUAUACAAAAUAGUGAAUGUCCGCAUACCAAAUCGUGUAUCAAUAUGAAAUGUGUUGAUCCAUGCAUUAAUUUAUGUGGUAUAAAUGCUGUUUGUCGCGUUACAAAUCAUAUACCUGUAUGCAAUUGUAAUACCGGUUACAUUGGUAAUCCAAUGCGUAUUUGUCAUGAAAAACCAUCAAACAUGUACUUACCAAUACCAAAAGAUCCUUGUCGACCAUCACCUUGUGGUCUGUUUAGUAUCUGUCGUAUUGCCAACAAUCGCCCAGUUUGCUCUUGUUUACCUGAUUAUAUUGGCAGCCCCCCCAAUUGCAAACCUGAAUGUGUUAUAAGUUCAGAGUGUCCUUCAAAUAGAGCUUGUGUUAAUCAACGAUGCAUUGACCCAUGCCCAGGUACAUGUGGACAUAAUGCAAUAUGCCGCGUAACGAAUCACUCACCGAUAUGUAGCUGCAAUGAUGGCUAUGAAGGCGAUCCAUUUCAACAGUGUUGGCCAGAAAGAAAACCACCGCCAACAAUUUCCAACGAGCCUAUAGUACCUAAAAAUCCCUGUAUUCCCACACCAUGUGGCCCUAACUCGCAAUGUCAAGUGUCAAAUGUAGGCGCUGUUUGCUCUUGCAUUCCAAACUAUGUAGGACGCGCCCCAAAUUGUCGCCCAGAAUGCACAAUAAGUACUGAAUGCGCAGCAAAUAUGGCCUGCAUGAAUUCACGUUGUGCCAAUCCUUGCAUUGGCUCUUGUGGUAACAACGCGUUGUGUCAUGUAAGUUCCCACGUACCUGUUUGUAUGUGCGAACAUGGCUAUACUGGUGAUCCGUUUUCAGGCUGCUAUAAAGUUAUAAAAAUUCCUGAUGAACCUGUUAGACCUUGUCACCCAAGUCCUUGUGGACAAAAUGCUAUUUGUGAAGAGCGCAAUCAAGCGGUUUCAUGUAAAUGCAUACCAGAUUAUUUCGGUGAUCCAUAUAUGGAAUGUAGACCAGAGUGUGUUAUUAAUUUGGAUUGUCCAAAGGCACGUGCUUGUAUUAACAACAAGUGUGUUGAUCCUUGUGUGGGUAUGUGUGGACGUAAUGCUGAGUGUAUUGUAUUUAAUCAUGCACCCAAUUGUGAAUGUUACGCUGGUUUCACUGGAAAUCCAAUUAUUGGAUGUAGUCCAAUAAUUCAAAUACCGCCAAUAAAUGAGCCAAUUGUUCCUCAUAAUCCUUGUCAACCUACCCCUUGUGGACUCUAUAGCAACUGCCGAGCUGUUAAUGGGCAUGCGGUGUGCUCUUGCAUACCAAACUAUGUGGGUCAUCCACCUAAUUGUCGACCCGAAUGUAUUAGCAGUUCUGAAUGUGCUCAGGACAAAUCUUGCAUUAACGAACGCUGUAUGAAUCCUUGUCCUGGUACGUGCGGAAAUAACGCGCUUUGUCGAGUGGUAAAUCAUAAUCCAAUCUGCUCAUGUAAGCCUGAUUUCACGGGUGAUCCAUUUAUACGCUGUAUAUAUGAAGAAAAGCGUCCUAUUAUAAGAGUUCCUGAAAAUCCAUGCAUACCAUCGCCAUGCGGACCGAAUUCCGAAUGUCGGGUUUCGUCUGCUAAUGAGCAACCCGUGUGCUCUUGCUUGACAAAUUACAUUGGUAGAGCGCCAAAUUGCCGACCUGAAUGUACUUUGAAUUCAGAGUGUCGUGGCAAUAUGGCAUGCAUAAAUCAACGCUGUCAAAAUCCAUGCCAGGGUUCAUGUGGUUCAUUUACGACAUGUAUUGUAAAUAAUCAUAGACCUAUAUGUCGUUGCUUGGAAGGUUAUACAGGCGAUCCAUUUUCAGAAUGUAGUCCUCAAAUUACUGUGGUGCCAGAAAAAGCUGAACCUUGUAAUCCUUCUCCAUGUGGAACCAAUGCUAUAUGUAAAGAGCGCAACGGUGUCGGCUCAUGCACAUGUUUACCCGAGUAUACAGGAGAUCCGUAUACAGAAUGCCGACCAGAAUGUGUUUUGAACACAGAUUGUCCCAAAAAUCUUGCUUGUGUUAAUAACAAAUGCCGCGAUCCCUGCCCAGGUGUUUGCGGUGUAUCAGCUGAAUGUCAUGUAAUUAAUCAUGCACCUAGUUGUAGUUGCCCUUCAGGUUAUACAGGCAACCCAUCAGAAUUUUGUCGCGAAGCAACAAAACAAAUAGAACCAGUGCAACCAUGCCGUCCCUCUCCUUGUGGUCCAUAUAGUCAGUGUCGUGAACUAAAAGGACAUGCAGUUUGUUCCUGCAUUGUCAACUAUGUGGGCACACCUCCAAAUUGCCGCCCUGAGUGCUCAGUUAGCUCUGAGUGUUCACAAAAUCAUGCUUGUGUGAAUUUACGCUGCGUAGACCCAUGCAUAGGAACUUGUGGCAAUGAUGCACUUUGUAAAGUCACAAGUCAUAAUCCAAUUUGUUCUUGCCCACCGGGUUUCACUGGUGAUGCAUUCAUACGCUGCCUACGAAUUGAAAAAGAAGAAGAAACGCGCAAACCAACAAUCCCAGAAAAUCCAUGUAUACCUAGUCCUUGCGGUCCAAACUCGCAGUGUCGUGUUGUUGGUGAAACUCCUGUUUGCUCAUGUUUACCGAACUUUAUCGGUCGUGCACCUAAUUGUAGACCCGAAUGUAGUCUGAAUUCCGAAUGUCCUGCCGAUUUGGCUUGCAUUAAUGAAAAGUGUAAAGAUCCCUGUCCUGGUUCAUGUGGUUUCAAUGCAAUUUGCAAUGUUGUGAACCAUAAACCAAUUUGCAUAUGUGAGAAUGAAUAUACUGGAGAUCCAUUUGCUGGAUGCAAUCCAAUGUCUAUAACUGUCCCACCUGAACAUUUGACACCUUGUAAUCCUUCACCUUGCGGACCUAAUGCCGAAUGCAAAGAGCGCAGUGGCGCUGGUUCUUGUACAUGUUUAACUGGAUACUUUGGAGAUCCAUACAGUGGCUGUCGUCCCGAAUGUGUAGUUAAUUCUGACUGCUCUCGCGAUAAAUCCUGUGUUAAUAAUAAAUGCUCCGAUCCUUGUCCAGGAGUUUGUGGACUUAAUUCCGAAUGCCGUGUUAACAAUCAUGCACCGACAUGUCAUUGCCUGCAAGGAUAUACUGGAAAUCCUUUAAGUGCAUGCCGUGAAAUUCCUCAAGUUAUUACACCAACACCAAAAGAUGUUAAUCCUUGCGUACCCUCUCCAUGUGGACCUUAUAGUCAGUGUAGAGAAAUAAAUGACCACGCCGUAUGCUCUUGUCAAACGAAUUUUAUUGGCUCUCCACCUAACUGCCGACCUGAAUGCAUCGUUAGUUCUGAUUGUGCACAAAAUCUAGCUUGUCAAAAUCAAAAGUGCAUUGAUCCUUGCCCUGGUACUUGUGGUACUGAAGCACGAUGCCAAGUAAUAAAUCAUUAUGCUGCAUGUUCUUGUCCACCGGGUUAUACGGGAGAUCCCUUCAAUCGAUGUACUAGAAUUAAAUUGGACCUACCUUCUGUAGAAAAGACUGGUAAUCCGUGUGUACCUUCACCAUGUGGACCCAACUCGAAAUGCCUCGAUGUUGGUGGUUCACCUGCAUGUUCCUGCCUGCCAAACUAUCUGGGACGUCCACCUAAUUGUCGUCCUGAAUGCAUGAGUAGUUCUGAUUGUCCUGCGAAUUUGGCAUGUAUAAAUCAAAAAUGUUCAAAUCCAUGUAUUGGUGCUUGUGGCAUACAUUCUUCAUGUACUGUUAUUAAGCACAACCCUACAUGUCAAUGCGAAAUCGAUUACACUGGAGAUCCAUUCUCCGGUUGUAGCGUUAUACAAAAAAUAACACCAACCGAACCUCCUCGUGAUCCUUGCAACCCUAGUCCUUGUGGACCUAAUGCCGUUUGUCGUGAACGCAAUAAUGCUGGUUCUUGUUCCUGCUUACCAGAAUAUUUUGGAGAUCCUUACACAGGUUGCCGACCAGAAUGUGUACAAAACCCAGAUUGUGAUCGUUCAAAGGCUUGCAUUAAUAACAAAUGUCAAGAUCCGUGCCCAGGUGUUUGUGGCAUUAAUGCUGAAUGUAGAGUACUUAUUCAUGCACCAAAAUGUACUUGCUUUGAAGGCUAUACUGGAGACCCGUAUUCAUCAUGUGCAGUAGUUGAAGUUACUACAAUAGCCCCAUCAAAGCCUUGCCAGCCAUCACCAUGUGGUCCUUACAGUCAGUGUCGUGAAAUGAAUGGCCACGCUGUUUGUUCUUGUAUUGAUGGAUAUAUUGGUGCUCCACCAUCAUGUAAACCUGAAUGUGUUGUUAGUUCUGAAUGCCCACAGAAUCGCGCCUGUAUAAGUCAAAAAUGUGAUGAUCCUUGUCGAGGUGCUUGUGGUAACAGUGCAAGGUGUCAAGUAGUUAACCAUAAUCCUAUUUGUACCUGUCCUCCUGGUAUGACAGGAGAUCCAUUUAUAGUAUGUACGGAGGCACGGGAAACUCCACGUGAUCCACUUAAUCCAUGUGUACCAUCUCCUUGUGGACCCAAUUCUUUGUGUCGUGAAAUAGCUAACCAAGCUGCCUGCUCAUGCCAAACCAAUUAUGUUGGACGACCACCGAAUUGUCGACCUGAAUGUACAAAUAAUGAUGAAUGCCAAAAUCAUUUGUCAUGUCAAAACGAACGAUGCAUUGAUCCUUGUCCCGGAUCUUGUGGUAAUAAUGCUAUCUGCAAAGUUGUUCAACACAAUGCUGUAUGUUCCUGCAUAGACGGUUUUGAAGGAGAUCCAAUAAUAGGGUGUAACGUAAUACAGCCUCCUUUACCAAAGCAGCCAGAUAGUUCACCUUGUAAGCCAUCACCGUGUGGUCCACAUGCAGAAUGUCGCGAACGAAAUGGAGCUGGUGCUUGUUAUUGUCAUGAAGGUUUUGAGGGCAAUGCUUAUGACUUGGAACGUGGCUGCAGACGAGAAUGUGAAAUUAAUGAUGACUGUGCUUUGUCACAGUCUUGUGUACGGUUUAAAUGUGUUGAUCCAUGUGAAAACAUAUGUGGUGAAUUUGCAAUUUGUUCAGUCGAAAAUCAUGUGCCCACAUGUAAUUGUCCUUCAGGAUAUACAGGGGAUCCAUUCUUCCAAUGUAAACCAAUUCCAGUUACACCACCAUCUAUUAUAAAUCCUUGCGUACCGUCACCAUGCGGUCCAAAUAGUAUUUGCCGCAGUUUAAAUGAUCGUGCAGUAUGUUUAUGUCAAACAGGAUUCAUUAAUCAACCACCAAAUUGUCGUCCAGAAUGCGUUGUUAGUUCAGAGUGUGCUUCCGAUCGUGCUUGUGUUAAUAAAAAAUGUGUCGACCCAUGCCAGCAUACAUGUGGAGCUCGUGCUAUUUGCACAACUAAGAAUCAUAGUCCAAUCUGCACAUGUCCUCGAGGAAUGACAGGCGAUCCAUUUGUUCAAUGCUCGAAAAUACCUAUUGUUAUUGAGCCUGAGCCAACUGAACGUCCCCCAUCUUGCCUUCCAUCUCCUUGUGGACCCAAUUCAAAGUGUCAAAUCGUUGGUGGAACUCCUGCUUGUUCAUGUUUAGCAGAUUUUAUUGGUGCACCACCAAAUUGUCGUCCAGAAUGUGUUCUGAAUUCAGAAUGUGGACCAACUGAAGCAUGCAUCAAUCAGAAAUGUCGCGAUCCAUGCCCAGGUUCUUGCGGUUUUGAAGCAAAAUGUCACGUACUUAAUCAUGUGCCCAUCUGUAACUGCAUUGAUGGCUUCACUGGUGAUCCAUUUAUUCGUUGCAGUCCAAUACCAAAAGUUACAGAGAAGCCUAAGGUAUCUGAUGAUCCUUGUGAUCCAAACCCUUGUGGUCCAAAUGCUGAUUGCUUGCGUGGUGAAUGCCGCUGUCAAGAUAAUUAUCAAGGUAAUCCUUAUGAUGGUUGUCGACCAGAAUGUACUUUAUCAGCUGAUUGUGCGCGAGAUAAGGCUUGUUUGCGUAAUAGAUGUGUAGAUCCUUGUCCUGGAACGUGUGGUCUUAACGCUCUUUGUGAAGUAUUAAAUCAUAUUCCAUCGUGCUCAUGUUUAGAUGGUUAUGAAGGAGAUCCAUUUAAUAGUUGCAGACCAAAAGAAAAAGAAAAAGACACUCCAACUUUGCCUUGUUCUCCAUCACCUUGUGGACCAAAUAGUCAGUGUCGAGAUGUUGAUAAUCAUCCUGUAUGCUCAUGUAUUAAUGGAUACGUUGGUGCUCCACCACUAUGCCGUCCUGAAUGUAUUGUAUCCAGUGAAUGCUCUGCUGUUCAAGCUUGUGUGAAUAAGAAAUGUGUUGACCCAUGCGCUGGAGCUUGUGGCAUUAAUGCACGUUGUGAAGUUGUUAAUCACAGUCCAAUUUGCGGUUGUCCACCAAGCAAAACGGGUGAUCCAUUUAAAAACUGCAUAGAUAUACCUGCUACACCAAUAGAUCGUGUACCAAAUAUAGAGAGAGAUCCUUGUAUCCCAUCACCUUGUGGAGCUAACUCUAUAUGUAAAGCAAGUGCUAGUGGACCAUCAUGUCAGUGCCUACCAGAAUUCUUUGGUUCACCACCAAAUUGUCGUCCUGAAUGUAUUAUAAAUCCAGACUGUUCGUCUACGCAAGCUUGUAUUAACAAUAAAUGCCGAGAUCCUUGCCCAGGCUCUUGUGGUACUAAUGCUGAGUGUCGUGUUAUCAGCCAUACCGUAUCAUGUUCUUGUCCAAUUGGUUUUGCAGGAAAUGCAUUUGUUCAAUGUGUGCAAGUACAAGAACAACCUAAACCUUGCGAACCUUCACCUUGUGGUACAAAUGCGGAAUGUAUUGCACGUAACGAAGCAGCAAUUUGUAAAUGUUUUAAUGAUUAUAUUGGAAAUCCCUACGAAAGCUGUCGCCCAGAAUGUGUUCUAAGUUCUGAUUGUGCCACUGAUGAAGCUUGCAUCCAGAAUAAGUGUAAAGAUCCAUGUCCUGGUAUAUGCGGAUCAAAUGCUCAAUGUUAUGCAGUUAACCAUGUACCAAAUUGCGUUUGUAUUGAAGGAUACACUGGUGAUCCGUUCUCAAAUUGUCAACGUCAAGUUAUACCGACCACUCCACCACCAAUUGAAAAUCCUUGCCAACCUUCACCAUGUGGUCCAAAUAGUAAAUGUCGUGAAGCUAAUAACCUAGCAGUUUGCUCUUGCUUGGAGUCAUUCAUUGGUGUCCCACCAAACUGUAAACCUGAAUGUACCGUUAACGCAGAGUGUCCACAAAACAAAGCAUGUCAUAAAUUUAAAUGUGCUAAUCCAUGCGCCGGCACAUGUGGUAUUAAUGCCAAAUGUGAAGUAAUUAACCAUAAUCCCAUCUGCAGCUGCCCGUUAGACAUGACUGGUGAUCCAUUUGCACGCUGCUAUCCAACUCCGCCAAUAAGUACUAAGGAAGUUUCAAAACCAAGGAAUCCAUGUCUUCCAUCACCAUGCGGAUUAUAUUCUGAAUGCCGAGUAAAUGGAGACCAAGCUUCCUGUUCAUGCUUACCUACUUAUAUAGGAGCGCCACCAAACUGUCGUCCGGAAUGCAUUGUUAACACUGAUUGUCCAUCAGAUUUGUCAUGUAUUGCAGAAAAAUGUCGCAAUCCUUGUGAAGGUUCCUGUGGUGUAUUAUCUGAAUGUCGUAUACAGAACCAUAUUGCAAUUUGUACUUGCCGCAAUGGUUUUACCGGUGAUCCAUUCACACAAUGUGUCGAAGUUAUUGAAGUGAAGACGCCUCCAACUCUUUACGAAGAUCCAUGUGAUUUACAACCAUGCGGUGCAAAUACAGAAUGCAAUAAUGGCAUCUGUACCUGCUUAAAAGACUACCAGGGUGAUCCAAAUAUUGGUUGUAGACCAGAAUGUACAGUUAGUACUGAUUGUUCACCAAAUAGAGCGUGCCUCAACAAAAAGUGUGUGGAUCCAUGUCCAGGCACAUGUGGUCAAAAUGCAGAAUGCAAUGUAUUAAAUCAUAUACCAAUAUGCAGUUGUCCAAAAGGAUACACUGGUGAUCCAUUUAUUGAUUGCCGGCGUGAAGAAAUACGCAUAGAAUCCAAGCCGAAAGAUCCUUGCCAACCAAAUCCAUGUGGUCCAAAUAGCAUAUGCCAUACAUCUGCACAAGGCGCAGUCUGUGCAUGUCAACCGGGUAUGCUUGGGUCACCACCAGCUUGUAAACCAGAAUGCGUUGUCAGCUCUGAAUGUUCAUUACAAACCGCUUGUAUGCAAAAGAAAUGCAUAGAUCCUUGUCCUGGUGCGUGUGGCCAAUAUGCAAAAUGCCAAGUAAUCAAUCAUAAUCCUAUUUGUACAUGCAACAUUGGUUAUACGGGUGAUCCGUUUACACGUUGCUAUCUCGAAGAAAGGAAAGAAGUACAAGAAAAUCCGUGCGUACCAACACCAUGCGGUCCCAACUCUGAAUGCAAAAUUGUCGGUGAUAGCCCUGCCUGUUCAUGUGCAGCAACGUUUAUAGGAAAACCACCUAAUUGCCGUCCAGAAUGUUCAAUAAAUUCCGAAUGCAUACCUACAAAAGCAUGUAUUCGUCAAAGGUGUGGCGAUCCCUGUAUUGGGUCUUGUGGAUUUAAUGCACGUUGCACUGUUGCAAAUCAUAUGCCUAUUUGCAGUUGUGAAAGCGGUUAUACUGGAGAUCCAUUUACCAGCUGUCAACCCGUUCAAGUGCGUGUAGAGUACGAGCAAGUAACGCCUUGUGUACCGAAUCCUUGCGGAUCAAAUGCUAUUUGUCGAGAACAAAACGGUAUUGGCUCAUGUCAAUGCUUGCCGGAGCAUUUCGGAGAUCCGUAUCAAUCGUGUCGUCCAGAGUGUGUAUUGAACUCCGAUUGUCCAUCAAAUAAAGCGUGUAUGCAAAAUAAAUGUCGAGAUCCAUGUCCUGGUGUGUGUGGUACAAACGCUGAUUGUAGUGUAACAAAUCAUAUACCCCGUUGUACUUGUCGCAUUGGAUAUAUCGGUGCGCCGUACCGACAUUGUCAUGCAGAGCCCAUUAAACCAAUACUCAAAGAAGAACCUUUGAAUCCUUGUGUUCCAUCACCAUGCGGACCCAAUUCUCAAUGUCGUGAAUUGAAUGGUCAAGCAGUGUGUUCUUGUGUUGAAAACUAUAUUGGAUUACCGCCUAAUUGUAGGCCUGAAUGUGUCCUGACCACUGAGUGCGCUGUAGAUAAAGCAUGUGUAAAUCAACGUUGUCAAGACCCUUGUCCGGGAACUUGUGGUAUGCAUACUGAAUGUCGCGUGCGUAAUCACAGCCCAUUAUGUCAGUGUCGAGUUGGUUUUACAGGGGAUGCAUUUACUCGUUGUUAUCCUCUACCACCUCCACCACCUGCUAUACCACGCAUCGAACGUGAUCCUUGUGUGCCCUCGCCAUGUGGGCCCAAUAGUCAGUGUCGGAAUAUAAAUAGUUUACCUUCAUGCUCCUGUUUAGAAACAUUUAUAGGUGCACCACCAAACUGUCGUCCAGAAUGUACAAUUAGUGCAGAAUGUCCUUCUGAUAGAGCUUGUAUACGAAAUAAAUGUAUUGAUCCCUGCCCUGGUUCAUGUGGAAUCUCGGCGGUAUGUAAUGUUAUUAAUCAUACGCCUGUUUGUACUUGUAUCAGUGGGUACACUGGCGAUCCCUUUACAAGUUGUAGACUAACGCCACCUGACUCUGUAAUAAAUGAGCCUAUUGAUCUUUGUAAUCCAUCACCUUGUGGUUCAAAUGCACAGUGUCAAAAUGGUGUUUGUAGUUGUCUUCCUGAAUAUCAUGGCGACCCGUAUUCAGGUUGUCGUCCAGAAUGUGUUUUAAAUAAUGAUUGCCCUCGCGAUAAAGCGUGUUUACGCAGCAAAUGUGAAAAUCCUUGCCCUGGUACUUGUGGUGAGAAUGCUAUAUGUAAUGUCGUAAACCAUAUUCCGAUGUGUAGAUGUCCAGAUGGUACUGCUGGAAGUGCAUUUAUUCGUUGCAGUCCUAUUCAAAAAAUAAAAAUAACGAAUCCCUGCCAACCAAGCCCAUGUGGUCCUAAUUCUCAAUGCCGUGAAGUUAACCAACAAGCUGUAUGCUCAUGCCUACUAGGUUUUAUUGGUAGUCCACCAACAUGUCGCCCAGAAUGUGUCUCUAACUCAGAGUGUUCGCCAAUAUUAGCUUGCCUUAAUCAGAAAUGCAACGAUCCCUGUUUGGGUGCUUGUGGUAUAGGUGCCAAAUGUACUGUUGUAAAUCACAGUCCAUUUUGCACCUGUCCAGAGGGCUUUACAGGAAGUCCGUUUGUACGUUGUCAACGUAUAAUUAAACCUAUUGAAGACAUUAUUCCAAAAAAUCCAUGCGUACCCUCCCCAUGUGGUCCAUAUUCUCAAUGUCGUUCUCUUGGAGAAGCACCAUCAUGUUCUUGUCUGGAGUCAUAUAUUGGAACGCCGCCGAAUUGUCGACCCGAAUGUAUUACCAGCUCAGAUUGCAUUAGUAGCCUUACAUGUAUUAAUCAGAAGUGCGUAGAUCCUUGUCCUGGACGAUGUGGUCUUAAUGCCGAGUGUCGUGUAAUUAGUCAUGCCGUGCAAUGUGUUUGUAUUGUUGGGUAUUUUGGAGAUCCGUUUGUUCAAUGUAACCCUCCAAUUGAGAGAGAUGUUAUUGAAGUUUUAACACCUUGUAACCCAACUCCUUGCGGGCCAAAUGCUGUAUGCACUGAGCGUAAUAAAGCAGGAGCUUGCAGUUGUUUAUCAAACUAUUUUGGCAAUCCUUAUGAAGGUUGCCGUCCUGAAUGUGUUCUUAAUUCAGAUUGUCCAUCAAAUAAAGCUUGUCAACAACAAAAAUGUCAAGAUCCAUGUCCAGGUACAUGUGGACAAAAUUCUGAAUGUCUAGUUGUUAACCAUCUGCCAUCUUGUAACUGUUUAAGCGGCUUUACUGGCGAUCCCUAUCGAUAUUGUACUCGACUACUGGAACCGAUUCAAGAUAAAUAUAUAAAUCCUUGUCAACCAUCUCCGUGUGGUCCUAAUUCUAAUUGUCGUGAGGCAAAUAAUCAAGCGGUCUGCUCAUGCAUGCCGCAAUUUAUUGGAACUCCACCAGCUUGUCGCCCAGAAUGCACUAUAUCUUCUGAAUGUUCUGCCGAUAAAGCUUGUAUAAAUCAGCAGUGUAUUAAUCCAUGUUUAUCUAAACCUUGUGGAAGUAACGCUGAAUGUCGUGUCCGAAACCAUAGCCCAAUUUGUACUUGUGAAUUUGGUUAUACAGGGGAUGCGUUUACGCAUUGUUACCUGAUACCACCUCCACCAACUGAAAUACAACGUGAACCUUAUGACGCUUGCAUUCCUUCACCAUGCGGUCCAAACUCCGAGUGCCGAAAUAGGGACAAUGUUCCAUCAUGUAGUUGCCUUCCAUCAUUUAUUGGACAACCUCCAAACUGUCGUCAUGAAUGUACAAUAAACUCAGAAUGUCCCAGUCAACAAGCUUGCAUAAAUAACAAAUGUCGUGAUCCGUGUCCAGGUGCAUGUGGACUGAAUACUAUAUGCCGUGUAAUAAAUCACACUCCUUCAUGCGUCUGUGUCGAUAAUUAUAUUGGGAAUCCAUUUAUAUCUUGUAAUCCAAAACCUCCCACUCCGACAGAACCACCUACACGAGAUGAUCCUUGCAUUCCAUCUCCAUGUGGAUUGAAUGCUGAGUGUAACAAUGGAAAGUGUAGCUGCAUAGCUGAAUAUCAUGGUGAUCCGUACUUAGAAUGUCGUCCUGAAUGUGUAUUGAACUCGGACUGCUCCUAUGAUCGUGCAUGUAUAAGAAAUAAAUGUGUUGACCCUUGUCCUGGAACUUGUGGUUUGAACGCUAUUUGCGUUGUAAACCAUCAUGUACCCAUGUGUCAUUGUCCAGAAAAUAUGUCUGGAAAUGCAUUCUUCGAAUGUCGAGCAAUAAAAACUAUUUUGAUUAAAAAACCUUGUGAACCAUCACCUUGUGGUCCUAAUAGUCAUUGUCGUGUUGUUCACGAAACUGCAGUUUGUUCUUGUUUAACUGAUUACAUUGGUAGUCCUCCACAAUGUCGACCCGAAUGCACAACUAAUUCUGAAUGCCCACCAAACCAAGCAUGUCAGAACAUGAAAUGCCGCGAUCCUUGUCCAGGAUCCUGUGGCUUUAAUGCAAUUUGCAACGUUGUGAAUCAUUCUCCAUAUUGUUCAUGUCCCAAUCAGAUGACUGGAAAUGCAUUCGUACGUUGUCAAGAAAUAAUUCAACCUAUCCGUGAUGUUGUACAAAUUAGUCCUUGUACGCCGUCACCAUGUGGACCUAACUCAGAAUGUAGAGUUAGUGGUGAUUCACCAUCAUGUUCUUGCUUACCAGACUACUUAGGGUCGCCGCCGAAUUGUCGUCCUGAAUGCAUUACUAACUCUGAAUGCUCUUCAAGCCAAGCUUGCAUAAAUCAAAAGUGUAAAGAUCCAUGUACUGGACUUUGCGGCUUAAAUGCCAGAUGCCAAGUAUUUAGUCAUACAUCUAUGUGUCUAUGUCCUGAAGGACUAACCGGCGACCCGUUCAUUCAAUGUUUGCCAGUUCUACAUGAAGAAGUUCAACAAAUCAAUCCAUGUCAACAAAGCCCGUGUGGUAUUAAUGCAAUAUGUGAAGCAAGAAAUGAAGCGGGCUCGUGCCAAUGCCUUCCAGGAUAUCAAGGAAAUCCUUAUGAAGGUUGCCGUCCGGAGUGUGUUCUAAAUUCAGAUUGUUCGUCAGAUAAGUCAUGUGUUAGUGAAAAAUGUAGAGAUCCAUGUCCAGGUACUUGUGGACAAAAUGCUAUUUGUCAAGUAAUUAAUCACUUGGCAUCAUGCAGCUGUACCAAUGGCUACACAGGAGAUCCUUACAACUUCUGCAGUAUUCCUCAUAUUAAACCUAUCGAAGACUAUGUUAACCCUUGUCAACCCUCACCUUGCGGACCAAACUCACAAUGUCGAGAAAUAAAUAAACAACCUGUUUGUUCAUGUUUGUCUGACUAUAUAGGUAGUCCACCAGCAUGUCGUCCAGAAUGUAUUUCCAGUUCUGAGUGCCCAAUAAAUAAAGCCUGCGUUAAUCGAAAGUGCGCUGAUCCAUGUCCAGGUGUUUGUGGUCAAAAUGCUGCUUGUCGAGUCCGUAAUCAUAGUCCUAUUUGCACAUGUGAUAAUGGAUAUACAGGCGAUGCUUUCAUUCGUUGCACUCGCAUACCACCUCCUCUGUUAACAUCUAUCAAACAUGAACCAAAAGACCCCUGUGUACCUUCACCUUGCGGGCCAAAUUCACUAUGCCGUGAUAACAAUGGCUAUCCUUCUUGCAGUUGCUUACCAAAUUUCUUAGGAUCACCGCCACAAUGUCGUCCUGAAUGUACAAUUAAUUCUGAAUGUCCGAGCUCCCUCGCUUGUAUAAAUGAAAAAUGUCAGGACCCCUGCCCAGGAUCAUGUGGGAUAGACGCUGUUUGCAAUGUCAACAAUCACAUGCCCAUAUGCGUGUGUCAAGUAGGUUAUACUGGAAACCCAUUCACAUAUUGUAAUUUGAUUCCACAUAAAUCUGAUGUCAUACCUAUUGAUGAUCCUUGUAAUCCAUCACCAUGCGGAUCAAAUGCACAAUGUAAUAAUGGUAUUUGUACUUGUAUUGCUGAAUACCAUGGCGAUCCAUAUGUUGGUUGUCGCCCCGAAUGUGUUUUGCAUACUGACUGUAGUCGAGAUAGAGCAUGUGUACAAUACAAAUGUAUUGACCCUUGUCCAGGAACUUGUGCCAGUAACGCUUUAUGUGAAGUAGUUAAUCAUAUUGCAAUUUGUCAUUGCCCUGACGAUAUGGAAGGAAAUGCGUUUACCUUAUGCAAACCUAAACCACGUUUGGAUGUAGUCACUAAUCCCUGCAUACCAUCUCCAUGUGGAUCAAAUAGUCAGUGUCGCGUGUUUAAUGAACAACCAAUAUGUUCCUGUCUUCCCACAUUUAUCGGAAGUCCUCCCUUCUGCCGUCCCGAAUGUACAGUUAAUUCGGACUGUCCGCUGAACAAAGCAUGUCUUAACCAAAAAUGCAUUGACCCUUGCCCCGGUGUGUGCGGUCACAAUGCACUGUGUUUAGUAACAAAUCAUAGUCCGUUCUGUCGUUGUAAUCCAGGAUAUACUGGAAAUCCAUUUGCUAGCUGCCAACCGGUUGUAGAAAAACCGGUAAGAAUACAGCAACCUUGCAUUCCUUCACCAUGUGGUCCUUAUGCAGAGUGUCGUGCAAUCGGAGAAACACCUUCUUGCACAUGCUUAUCAGAUUAUAUUGGAGCUCCACCAAAUUGUAGACCAGAGUGUGUUACAAGUUCAGAGUGCACUCGAGACAAGGCAUGUAUAAAUCAAAAGUGCAAAGAUCCUUGCCCAGGACUUUGUGGAAGUGAGGCAGAAUGCCGCGUAACUUCACAUACGCCAAGUUGUUUCUGUUUAUCUGGGUAUGAAGGUGACCCAUUCGUUCAGUGUAUUAGAAAAACUAUAACAGAAUUAGAUCAAAUAGAUCCUUGCAAUCCAAACCCCUGUGGUCCAAAUGCACGUUGUACUCAACGCAACAAUGCUGGAUCAUGUGAAUGUUUAACCGACUACUUUGGAAAUCCUUACGAAGGUUGUCGUCCAGAAUGCAUGCUUGACUACGAUUGUCCAGCAGACAAAGCUUGCCAGAACAUGAAAUGCCGCAAUCCAUGUCCAGGUACAUGCGGAUUAAAUGCUCUAUGUAAUGUACUUAAUCAUGUUCCGACAUGUACUUGCCUCAUCGGAUAUGAGGGUGAUCCAUACAUACACUGUCAAGUACAACGCCAACCUAUUAAAGAAUACAUUAACCCAUGUCAACCUUCGCCAUGUGGACCAAAUUCGCAAUGUCGAGAAAUUAAUGAGCAACCGGUUUGCUCAUGUCUUCCUGAUUAUAUAGGAAAACCUCCUAUUUGUAGACCAGAGUGUACGAUUUCAUCUGAAUGUGUAAUUGACAAAGCAUGUGUCAACAAAAAAUGUGUAGAUCCCUGUCCAGGUACCUGUGGUACAAACGCAAACUGUAGAGUUCAUAACCACAGCCCCUUAUGUACUUGCCGUCAAGGUUUUACUGGAGAUGCUUUCUAUAGAUGUGUUCCUAUUCCACCGGCACCACCGGUUCAAAAGCAACGACAACCUGUUAAUCCCUGUAUACCAUCACCAUGUGGGCCUUAUUCACAGUGUCGUACUAUAAAUGAUUCUCCAUCCUGCUCUUGUUUGCAAAAUUAUAUUGGUACUCCACCAAAUUGUCGUCCUGAGUGUACUAUCAAUGCUGAAUGUCCAAGCAGUGAAGCAUGUAUAAAUGAGAAAUGUCGUGAUCCUUGUCCGGGGUCAUGUGGACUUGGAGCUGUAUGUAAUGUUAUAAACCAUACGCCAAAUUGUGUAUGUCCAGCAGGUUUUAGAGGUGAUCCAUUUACGUUCUGUAAUCAGGAAUAUGAUGAACAACCCAUUACUCCUGAUGAUCCUUGCCAACCAUCGCCCUGUGGGCCAAAUGCAGAUUGUAACAAUGGCAUUUGCAAUUGUAUACGUGAAUAUAUUGGUGAUCCAUACACUGGUUGUUAUCCAGAGUGUGUACUCAAUACAGAUUGUGCACGUGAUCGUGCAUGCAUACGUAAUAAAUGUGUUGAUCCCUGUCCAGGAACUUGUACGAAUAAAGCGAUUUGCCAAGUAAUAAAUCACGUACCAAUGUGUUCGUGCCCAAAUGGCAUGUCUGGUAAUGCAUUCAUAGAAUGUACCCCUAUACAAACUCCAAUUGUAAUUAAUGUAUGCCAACCAUCGCCUUGUGGUCCAAAUUCGCAAUGUCGUGACAUAAAUCAACAAGCUGUCUGUUCAUGUGCACCAGGCUUUAUAAGUACUCCACCAACUUGCCGUCCAGAAUGCACAGCCAACCAAGACUGUGCACCUACUUUAGCAUGUAUUAGGCAAAAAUGUAUUGAUCCAUGCCCAGGUUCUUGUGGACGAAAUGCUUUAUGUACUGUAGUUAAUCACGCUCCAUUCUGUACAUGUAUACCGCGUUAUACCGGAAAUCCAUUUGUUGCUUGUCAGCAAAUUAUAGAACCACCACAGUUCGAUGAAAAGCCACAAAACCCAUGUCGGCCGUCCCCAUGUGGCCCUAAUUCAGAAUGCCGUGCGAUUGGCAACGCUCCGUCUUGCACAUGUCUCGAGAACUUUGUUGGACUUCCACCUUAUUGUAAGCCUGAAUGUAUAUCUAACUCAGAAUGUGCGUCAAACUUAGCAUGCAUUAAUCAAAAAUGUAAAAGCCCUUGUGUAGGACUUUGUGCGACCAAUGCAGAGUGCCGAACAGUGUCUCAUACGCCUAUAUGCACAUGUAUUUUAGGAUAUACUGGAGAUCCUUUCACUUAUUGCGAGCCAGAACGCAUUACAGAUAUUGAAGUAAUUAAUCCUUGUAUUCCGUCACCUUGCGGAUCUAAUGCUAAUUGUAUUGAACGUAAUGGAGCGGGUGCCUGUAACUGUUUACCAAACUAUUUUGGAAAUCCAUACGAAGGAUGUGUACCUGAAUGUGUUGUGAAUUCUGAUUGUCCCUCAAAUAAGGCAUGUCAAAACCAAAACUGUCGCGAUCCAUGUCCGGGCACUUGUGGACAAAAUGCUGAAUGCAACGUGCUUAACCAUCUACCGAUUUGCAACUGUAUUGUGAGUUUCAUUGGAGAUCCCUACCAAUACUGUACUCAACCCGCACAACCAAAUACUUUUGAAUAUGUUAACCCAUGCCAGCCUUCUCCUUGCGGACCAAAUUCUGUUUGUCGGGAAGUUAAUUCACAGGCUGUAUGUGCAUGUUUAAGUGAUUAUAUUGGUGUACCUCCUACAUGUCGCCCUGAAUGUACAUCCAGCGCUGAAUGUCCUAUUGAUAAAGCAUGCAUUAAUCGCAAAUGUAGUGAUCCAUGCCCUGGUGUAUGUGGUCGAAAUGCUGUAUGCAAUGUACGCAACCAUAGCCCUAUAUGUGUGUGUGAAAAUGGGUUGACUGGUGAUGCCUUCGUACAAUGUGUGCCUAUUCCCACUCCUCCUAAAGUGUCUUUGGAUGUUUUCCAAAAUCCAUGCGUGCCAUCUCCUUGUGGACCAUAUUCCAUUUGCAAUAAUCGAAAUAAUUACCCAUCGUGCUCUUGUUUGCAAAACUAUGUUGGCAGUCCACCAAAUUGCCGACCCGAGUGCGUAAUUAAUUCUGAAUGUCAAAGUACUCAUGCUUGCAUUAAUGAAAAAUGUCAAGAUCCUUGUCCUGGAGCGUGUGGUGUAAAUACAAUAUGCGACGUAAUUAAUCACAUACCCAGUUGUUCUUGUAUAGCUGGAUAUGUUGGAGAUGCGUUUAGCAGUUGUUAUCCAGCGCCGAUACCACCUAAAAGAUACGAUGAACCUAAAGAUCCGUGCUAUCCCAAUCCUUGUGGCACCAACGCCGUAUGUUCUGGUGAUGGCCAAUGUAAAUGUAUAUCAGACUACGAAGGCGAUGCUUAUGUUGCUUGCAAACCAGAAUGUGUUCUUAAUUCUGAAUGUUCACAUAAACUUGCUUGCAUACGACAUAAAUGCGUUGAUCCAUGUCUUGAAACAUGUGCACCAAACGCAGUAUGUACAGUCGUUAAUCAUGUACCAAUGUGCUCUUGUUCAGAGGGGAUGACUGGUAAUGCAUUUAUACAUUGCAGUCGUUUACAAAUUAUCGAUAUAUAUAAAAAUCCUUGCCAACCAUCUCCUUGUGGUUCCAACGCCCAUUGUCGCGAAAUUAACUCACAAGCAGUUUGCAGCUGCUUACCUAAUUAUAUUGGUAGUCCUCCAAGUUGUCGUCCUGAAUGUAUAUCGAACUCUGAAUGUGCGCCAAACCGAUCAUGUCAAAACCAGAAAUGUAUUGACCCGUGUCCAGGAACGUGUGGUCUAAAUGCAAAAUGUACAGUAGUCAAUCACAAUCCAUUCUGUACGUGCUUUGAGGGUUAUACUGGUAAUUCGUUUAUACAUUGUCAACCUAUAAGAGAGCCUGUUAAAGACAAAAUAGAAAAUCCUUGCCAACCGUCUCCAUGCGGUCCAAACAGCCAAUGUCGAGCAAUAGGUGAGGCUCCUUCUUGUUCGUGUCUUGAAAAUUUCUUCGGUCAACCACCUUAUUGUCGUCCAGAGUGUGUCAGCAAUAGUGAAUGCGCUUCACAUCAAACUUGCAGAAAUAACCGAUGCAUAGAUCCGUGUCCAGGACUUUGUGGCCAAGCGACAACUUGUCGUACCAUAAGCCAUACAUCUAUGUGCUUCUGUGAAGAUGGUUAUACUGGCGAUCCUUUCUUACAAUGUUCACCAAUUAUUCAGCCAUUGGCAGAAUUUAUUGAUCCUUGCACACCAAAUCCAUGUGGAGCAUUCGCACAAUGCAUUCAGCAAAAUGGCAUCGGUUCAUGUCAAUGUUUACCAGAGUUCUUUGGAAAUCCUUACGAAAGUUGUCGACCAGAAUGUGUUAUAAAUACUGACUGUUCGUCAAAUUAUGCAUGUGUUAAUCAAAAAUGUCGCGAUCCUUGUCCAGGUACUUGUGGACAAAAUGCUGAAUGCUUCGUUAACAACCAUUUACCAAGAUGUAGCUGCAUUUUAGGAUAUACGGGUGAUCCAUACAGUUACUGUUCCCCUAAAAUUGAAACUAAAUUAGAAGAACCUGUAAACCCAUGCCAGCCAUCACCUUGCGGUCCUAACAGUCAAUGUAAAGAGCUUAACAAUCAAGCUAUUUGUUCUUGUUUGCCUGAAUUUGUAGGUAGUCCACCAGCUUGUAGACCCGAAUGCACUCUAAGUUCUGAAUGCGAUUUUAAUAAAGCGUGCAUUAGCAAAAAAUGUGCUGAUCCCUGCCCAGGUAUUUGUGGAAAGAACGCAAUUUGCAUGGUGCGAAAUCAUUCGCCACUGUGCUCUUGUAAAAACGGUUACCAAGGAGAUCCAUUUUCUCUCUGUUACCCAAUUCCUCCUCCAGCGACUUCUGUUAUUGUUGAACCUGAACGAAUUCGUGACCCUUGUUUCCCUUCACCAUGUGGACUAAAUUCCAAUUGCAGAAAUCUUAAUGGACAAGCUUCUUGUUCGUGUUUACCUGAUUUCCGAGGUGCUCCACCACAAUGUCGACCGGAAUGCUCUACAAAUUCUGAAUGCUCAUCAAAUUUAGCAUGUAUAAACAAUCAUUGUGUGGAUCCAUGUCCAGGUUCCUGUGCUUAUAACGCAAUUUGUUCUGUAAUAAACCAUAUGCCAAUUUGCCAAUGCCCUGAAAAAUUCAUAGGAGAUCCAUUUAGUUUAUGUCAACCCGCUCCUCCUCCAAAACCAACUAUUAAAGAUGAUCCCUGUACUCCUUCGCCGUGUGGAACUAAUGCAGUAUGCACUAAUGGUCAGUGUUCUUGUCUCGCAGAGUAUCAUGGAGAUCCUUAUGUCAACUGUCGACCAGAAUGUGUUCUUAAUACUGAGUGUGUAACUACCAAAGCUUGUAUUCGCAAUAGGUGCAUCGAUCCCUGUCCAGGCACUUGUGCUCAAAACGCGAUAUGUGAAGUUCUUAACCAUAUACCCAUGUGCCGUUGUCCAAACGCUAUGUCCGGUAAUGCCUUCGAUCAAUGUUAUCCUGUUCAAAAUAAACAAUUGGUUAACCCCUGCGUUCCUACACCAUGUGGUCCUAACAGCCGUUGUCGAGUUUAUAAUGGAAAUGCAGUUUGCUCUUGUAUUGAAGGAUUUUCAGGCAACCCACCAACAUGUCGUCCAGAAUGUACAAGAAAUUCAGAUUGUAUAUUAGAAAAAGCGUGUCAAAAUCAAAAAUGUGUUAACCCAUGUCCAGGAGUAUGUGGUUUUAAUGCCAUUUGUUCUGUCGUCAAUCAUUCUCCAUUCUGUUCAUGCCCUGCACCUUUUGAAGGAAAUCCAUUUUCGAGCUGUCAAAUCAGAAUUAAACCACCACAAAAGGACGAAAUUCAAAAUCCAUGUUAUCCAUCUCCUUGUGGUCUGAAUGCAGAUUGUCAAGUUAUUGGUGAAUCGCCCUCUUGUUCAUGUUUGCCCGAGUUUAUUGGAUCCCCACCAAACUGCCAUCCUGAGUGCUUAACGAAUAGUGAAUGCAAGCAAAAUAUGGCAUGCAUUAAUAGGAAGUGUGUUGAUCCAUGCCCUGGAAUAUGCGGUCAAAAUGCUAUAUGUCGUGUAUUUAAUCAUAUCGCCAUGUGCACUUGCACGCCCGGCUUUACUGGAGAUCCAUUUACAGGUUGCUCAUCGGAACCUAUAAAGCAAAUAAGUGUAACUAAUCCAUGCGAGCCGAGUCCUUGUGGAGCAAAUGCUGAGUGUCUACAGCUUGGUAAUGCUGGAUCUUGUCGAUGUUUAGCAGAUUAUUUCGGUAAUCCAUACGAAGGUUGUCGGCCAGAGUGUGUUCUAAAUUCAGAUUGUUUGUCUGAUAAGUCAUGUCAAAAUAAUAAGUGCAUUGACCCUUGUCCAGGUAUUUGUGCUUUAAAUGCAAUUUGCAAAGUAAUUAAUCACUUACCGACUUGCAACUGCAUUAACGGUUUUAUUGGUGAUCCCUAUAAAUACUGUGAAAUUUUAAAAGAUCCUGUCGUAAAAGAAUAUUCUAAUCCUUGCAUCCCAACUCCAUGUGGACCGAAUUCACAGUGCCGCGUUGUGAACGAAAAAGCAGUUUGCUCAUGUUUGCCUUCAUUUGUGGGAUAUCCACCUACUUGUCGUCCUGAAUGCACAACAAAUUCCGAAUGCAAUAUAGACAAAGCCUGCGUUAAUCACAAAUGUGUAGAUCCUUGCAGCGAUGUAUGUGGCAUAAAUGCAGAUUGUCGUGUGAGAAAUCACUCUCCUAUUUGCAUUUGUCGAACUGGUUUUACAGGCAACUCUUUUACGAGAUGUUAUCCAAUACCUCCACCGCAAGUUCCACUCAAACCCGAUGUUCGCAAUCCUUGCGUGCCUUCACCUUGUGGUCAGUUCGCCGAAUGUCGCGAUAUUAAUAACAGUCCGUCUUGUUCUUGCCUCCCAUCGUAUUUCGGCGUUCCUCCAAAUUGUAGACCUGAAUGUAUUGUAAAUUCAGAUUGCCCUACAACUAAAGUAUGUAUCAAUGAAAAAUGUCGUGAUCCUUGCGCUGGUGCUUGUGGUCUUAACGCUGUAUGCCAUACUAUAAAUCACACACCAAUAUGUCAAUGUAUAACUGGAUAUAGUGGGAACCCAUUUAUGUCGUGUCAUCUUCCACCACCUCCACCACCAGAAAUCGAACAUGAUUCCUGUUAUCCUUCUCCUUGCGGACCGAAUACAGUGUGCUUAAAUGGAGUAUGCAAAUGUGUUGAUGAAUAUUAUGGAAAUCCGAAUAUUGGGUGUCGUCCAGAAUGUGUUCAUAACAACGAUUGCGCUACUAAUAAAGUAUGCUCCAACAACAAAUGCUUAGAUCCGUGCCCAGGAGCUUGUGCAUCAAAUGCUAUCUGCGCAGUACGCAACCACGUAGUUAUCUGUGAGUGUGGCGAAAGUAUGACAGGCAAUCCAUUUACUUUAUGUGUACAAUUGGCACCAAAAAUUAUACUGAAUCCAUGCCAACCUUCACCAUGUGGACCAAAUUCACAAUGUCGUGUUAUAAACCAGCAAGCAGUGUGCUCCUGUUUACCUGAUUAUAUUGGCGCACCCCCCUCAUGCCGUCCGGAAUGUAUUAAUAAUGCUGAAUGUGCGCUUGAUCUUGCAUGUCUUCAAAUGAAGUGUCGGGAUCCAUGUCCAGGAGCUUGUGGCACGCAUUCAGUUUGUAAAGUUAUUAAUCAUGCGCCCAUUUGUCGCUGUGAAAACUCUUUCACAGGCAAUCCUUUUGUUGCAUGUCAACCAAUUAGAAUUCAAACACAACUUGACAUCCCCACGGAUUAUUGUAAUCCAUCUCCAUGUGGCCCGAAUUCCGAAUGUCGAAGUAUUGGAACUGCACCUUCGUGCACAUGUAAAAAAGAUUUUGUUGGUUUGCCUCCAAAUUGUCGGCCAGAAUGUGUAGCCAAUUCAGAAUGCUCAAAUAACAAAGCUUGUAUUAAUAACAAAUGUAAAGAUCCUUGUGUCGGUGUAUGUGGUACAAAUGCAGAAUGUCAUGUCUAUAAUCAUUCACCCACAUGCGUUUGUGCGACUGGUUAUAGUGGAAAUCCAUUUAGUUUUUGUGAUGUGAUUAGAGACGAUGUUGAAAAAGAAGUAUUAAAACCCUGUGAUCCAAAUCCCUGUGGCUCAAAUGCAGAAUGCAUACAACGAAACCACGCUGGAACUUGUCAAUGCCUACCAGAGUUUGUUGGAAAUCCUUACGAAGGGUGUCGCCCAGAGUGUGUAAUAAACUCUGAUUGUCCUUUAACCCUUUCGUGCUUAAGAAAUAAAUGCAACGAUCCAUGCCCUGGAACGUGCGGUAGAAAUGCUGAGUGCCAUGUUAGCAAUCAUGUACCAAAUUGUUUGUGUUUGAGCGGAUACACUGGAGAUCCAUAUAGCUAUUGUAAUAUUUUGAGGGAGCCUGUAAUAGAAAUCGUUAAUCCUUGCCAACCUUCUCCUUGUGGUCCAAACUCGGUUUGUAGAGAAGUAAAUCAGCAAGCUGUCUGUACGUGCUUACAAGAAUAUGUCGGUGCGCCACCUGCUUGUCGCCCGGAGUGCACAACUCCAAGCGAAUGCUCUCUUGAUAAGACUUGCGUUAAUUUUAAAUGCAUAGAUCCUUGUAUUGGCAUAUGCGGUAAUAAUGCAAUGUGUCACGUACGUAACCACAGUCCAUAUUGCGUCUGUCGGUCUGGAUACACAGGUGAUGCAUUUACAAAAUGUACACCUAUACCCCCUCCUCCAACAAUUCCGUUAAAAGAUAAAUAUCAUGACGCAUGCAUUCCAUCGCCAUGUGGUAUUUAUGCCCAAUGUCAAAAUAUAAAUAACCAAGCAUCUUGUGCUUGCCUUCCGAACUAUAUUGGAGCUCCACCCAAUUGUCGACCGGAAUGUACAAUAAAUGCUGAUUGCUCUGCGAAUUUAGCUUGCAUAAGUGAAAAGUGUAGAGAUCCUUGUCAAGGAUCAUGUGGAGUUUCAGCAUUGUGUGAUGUCGUAAAUCAUAGACCUAUAUGUAGUUGCCCUUCAAAUUAUAUAGGGGAUCCAUUUGCUUACUGUUCAAUUAAACCUAUUGAAGACCAAAUUCCUUUGAAAGAUCCUUGUAAUCCAACUCCAUGUGGUUCAAAUGCUAUUUGCAAUAAUGGUGAAUGCACGUGUAUGUCUGAAUAUGAAGGAAAUCCUUACGUUGGAUGCCAUCCAGAGUGUGUAUUAAAUACUGAUUGCAGUCGUGACAAGGCUUGCAUAAAUAACAAGUGCAUAGAUCCUUGUCCGGGAACUUGUGGUAUUGGAGCAAUUUGUGAGGUUUAUAACCAUGUGCCAAUGUGUAGAUGUCCUGAUAAUAUGUUAGGAAAUGCAUUUUUACAGUGCACAAAACUUGAAAGUCCACCCAAAGUAGCUACUCCAUGCCAACCACACCCAUGCGGUCCAAAUGCACAGUGUCGUGAUAUAAAUGAACAAGCUGUGUGUUCUUGUUUGCCAACAUAUUUAGGAAGUCCCCCUAAUUGUCGACCUGAAUGCAGUAUUAAUUCAGAUUGCCCACCUAACAUGGCAUGUGUCAAUCAAAAGUGUCGAGAUCCAUGUCCAGGCACUUGUGGUUUAAAAGCACGUUGCCUUGUAGUUAACCAUGUACCUUUUUGCACAUGUCCAAAUGGAUUUACUGGAGAUGCUUUUAGUGCUUGUCAACGGUUAGCUUUGCCGCCAAUACCUGAACCGACUAAUCCCUGCAUACCGUCACCAUGUGGUCUCAAUUCAAUUUGUACUGAUGUUAACGGCACACCGUCAUGUGCUUGCUUAGUCAAUUUUGUAGGAACACCGCCUAACUGUCGACCAGAAUGCUUAUCCUCUUCGGAAUGUGCCAGCAAUUUGGCAUGCAUUAACAUGAAAUGUCAGGAUCCUUGUCCAGGUGUAUGUGGAAUAUCUGCAACUUGUCAAGUUAUAAGCCACACUCCGUCGUGUUUAUGUAUAAAUGGAUACAUAGGAGAUCCGUUUACACAAUGCUAUCCACAACCAAUAAUUGAACGUGAACUAAUAAACCCAUGUAUGCCCAGUCCAUGUGGAAGCAAUGCCAUAUGUACACAACAAAAUAAUGCAGGCGCCUGCCAAUGCAUACCUGAUUACUAUGGCAAUCCUUAUGAAGGUUGUCGACCUGAGUGCCUAUUGAAUGCAGAUUGCUUAUUAAGUAAGGCUUGUCGAAACACAAAGUGUAUUGAUCCCUGUCCUGGUGUAUGUGGGCAUAAUGCUCAUUGUGAUGUCAUCAAUCACUUACCUGUAUGUAGUUGCGUCAAUGGCUUCACUGGAAAUCCUUACGAUUACUGCAGUAUACUUAAAGAACCCCAAUUGCAAUAUGUUGAUAGUUGUGCUCCCUCCCCAUGUGGUCCCAAUUCCGAAUGUAGGCAAAAGAAUAAUCAAGCAGUUUGUUCAUGUUUGCCUGAGUACAUUGGCAGUCCACCCUUAUGCCGACCCGAGUGCUCAUCAAGUUCAGAAUGUACAUCAGACAGAGCUUGUAUCAAUAGAAAAUGUGUUGAUCCCUGUAUAGAUACUUGUGGAAUAAACUCUAAUUGUAGAGUACGGAACCAUAGUCCUUUGUGUAUUUGCCAACCCGGUUACACAGGAGAUGCUUUUACGCGUUGUUAUCCAAUUUUGCCAUCACCCCCUCCAGUUCGUGAACCUUAUCGAAACCCAUGUAUUCCAACACCAUGUGGCCCGCACUCCGAAUGUAGAGUUAUUAAUAAUCAACCGCAAUGCUCUUGCUUGAAAAACUACGUUGAUGCGCCACCAAAUUGCCGUCCUGAAUGCGUGCUCAAUUCUGAUUGCACUAGUGACAGAGCUUGUAUAAAUGAAAAAUGUCGUGAUCCGUGCCCUGGUUCUUGUGGUCUUAAUGCCAUUUGCAAUGUUAUCAACCAUAUACCGUCGUGUUAUUGUAUUUCUGGUUAUAUUGGUGAUCCGUUCACAAAUUGCGAAAUAAUGCCGAUAAAACCUUCUAAACCUAUUGCUGAAGAUCCUUGUUAUCCAAAUCCAUGUGGUGUUAAUGCUCGUUGUGAAACAGGCAUUUGCACGUGUUUAGAUGAAUAUCAAGGUAACCCUUACACUGGCUGUCGCCCUGAGUGUAUCUUGAAUAGCGAGUGCCCACGUACAAAAGCAUGCAUUAACCAAAAAUGUAAAGACCCAUGUCCCGGAAUGUGCGGUGUUAAUGCAAUUUGUGAUGUGCACAACCAUGUACCAUUAUGUCGUUGCCCCGAAAAUAUGAAUGGCAACGCUUUAAUAUACUGUCAACCAAUUCUAUCUGAUCCGGUGCGUGUACAAAACCCAUGCCAAUUAUCACCAUGCGGUGCAAAUGCACAGUGUAGAGAAGUAAAUGGCCAUGCAAUAUGUUCUUGUUUAAUUGGCAUGAUCGGUAUACCUCCAGCUUGUCGACCUGAAUGUAUAUCAAAUUCUGAAUGCUCAUUAAAUCGUGCUUGUAUAAACAGUAAAUGCCAAGAUCCUUGUCCUGGUACUUGUGGUUAUAAAGCACAAUGUGAUGUGGUCAACCAUAUUCCGAAAUGUAGUUGUCCAAGCGGUUUCACAGGCAGUCCAUAUGCUUUAUGUCAACCUAUCAUUAUGAAACCAUUGCAAGAAGAAGAUAGAAAUCCUUGUCAACCAUCGCCAUGUGGACCUUACGCGCUUUGCCAGAAUGUUAAUGGUGCCCCAUCCUGCACUUGCUUGCCUGAUUAUAUAAAUACUCCACCGAACUGUCGCCCGGAGUGUAUAUCUAAUUCAGAAUGCGCUUCCGACAAGGCUUGUGUUAACCAAAAAUGCAAAGAUCCUUGUUUAGGUUUAUGUGGCUUAAACAGUAAAUGUCACACUAUUAAUCACAUAGCAAACUGCGUAUGCUUGCUUGGAUUCGUUGGUGAUCCAUUCACACUAUGUGAACAGCCCGUUCAGUUGCCAUCACAGCCAGAUCAUAUAAAUCCUUGUAGUCCGAAUCCUUGCGGUCAUAAUGCAGAAUGCCGUAGUGCAGGUAAUAAAGCACAUUGCGUAUGCUUGCCUCAAUAUUUUGGUGAUCCUUAUCACGGUUGUCGGCCAGAAUGUGUGCUCAACAGUGACUGUCCUUCCAAUAAAGCUUGCAUGCAAAAUAUGUGCAGAAACCCAUGUCCAGGAGUCUGUGGUCAAAAUGCUGAAUGUUAUGUUAAUAAUCAUGUACCGAAUUGUAUAUGCCUGCCUGAUUUCACCGGAAAUCCAUUUAAUAUUUGCAAUCGCCAAUUACACGAACAAAUGAAAAUAAGUAAUCUAAAUCCCUGUAAACCUUCACCGUGUGGCCCGAACUCCCAAUGUAAAGAUGUAAAUCAUCAAGCUGUUUGCAGUUGCUUAAUAGAUUUUCUCGGAGUACCACCAAACUGUCAUCCGGAAUGUACCACAAAUGCUGAAUGCGCGCUAAGCAAAGCAUGCAUAAACAGAAAAUGUGGUGAUCCCUGUCUUAACGCUUGUGGUGAAAAUUCAGAAUGUCGCGUUCUUAAUCACAAUCCUAUAUGUUCAUGCAAAAAUCAUUAUACAGGAGAUCCUUUUACACACUGCUUCAUAAUGCCAUCUCCUCAGCCUAUAGAUAUAAAAACACCAACGAUAAAUCCGUGUUAUCCAUCGCCAUGUGGUCCUUACUCUCAAUGCCACACACGAAACGACGUUCCUGUUUGCACUUGCUUAUCAAAUUAUUUCGGUAGCCCACCAAAUUGUCGUCCAGAAUGUUUGGUACCUUCUGACUGUCCAAUGCAUUUCACUUGCGUUAAUCAGAAAUGUCAAGAUCCUUGCCCAGGCUCGUGUGGUUUGAAUGCAGAAUGUAAUGUUCUAAACCACGUGCCAAACUGUAGAUGUCUAUCUGGAUAUGUUGGUGAUCCAUUUAGUAACUGUCGACUUCAAAUAUUGAAACCAAUAGAACAUAAACCAUUGAACGAUCCAUGUGCAUCAUCAUUUUGUGGUCCAAACACUGAAUGUAGUAAUGGGCAAUGCAGUUGUUUACCUGAAUACCAUGGAGAUCCUUACAUAGGCUGUAGACCAGAAUGCGUUUUAAAUGACGAUUGUUCACGCCAACAGGCUUGUCGAAAUACAAAGUGUAUAGAUCCCUGCCCGGGUACUUGUGGCAUUCAAGCCAUUUGUAACGUAUACAAUCAUAUUUCCAUGUGUUCGUGUCCUGUGAAUAUGUAUGGAGACCCUUUUACACGUUGUGAUCCCUUACCACCUCUAUCAAUACCGAAUAAUACAAUUACUUUACCUUGCCAACCGUCUCCUUGCGGUGCUAAUGCUGUAUGUCGCGAUAUAAACCAUCUGGCGGUGUGUUCUUGCUUAGCCGGGUUUGUAGGUGCUCCUCCAUUCUGCAGACCCGAAUGCACAACAAGUUCAGAUUGUGCACUUAAUAAAUUUUGUUUAAAUGCAAAAUGUCAAGAUCCUUGUGCUGGAACGUGUGGCGUAAAUGCCCACUGCCGGGCACAAAACCACAAUCCUAUCUGUACGUGUCCUUCGGAUUACACAGGAAAUCCUUAUAUAGCAUGUAAUCCAAUAGUUACAGCGGUUAAAAUACCAGUACAUGAUAAAAAACCUACUAAUCCAUGCAUACCUUCGCCAUGCGGUGCUAAUUCCGAAUGCAGUGAAACUCCAAAUGGGGCGAAGUGCUCAUGUUUAUUGGAGUUUAUCGGCACACCUCCGAAUUGUCGUCCGGAGUGUGUGAAUAGUGCAAAUUGUGCCGAAAAUAAAGCUUGUAUUAAUCGUAAAUGCGUUGAUCCAUGUCCUGGAUCAUGUGGUGAAGCUGCUGAAUGUCGCGUAAUAGCUCACUCUGCUAUGUGUUAUUGCCCGCCUAAUUAUACAGGAAAUCCAUUUGUAUUGUGCACACGUCUCCAACAGCCACCCACAGCUGUUGUUGUACCGUGCAAUCCAAGUCCAUGUGGUGCGAAUGCUAUAUGCCAACCACGAAAUGGCUUAAGUACCUGCAUUUGUUUACCUGAUUUCUUUGGCAAUCCGUACGAGGUCUGCAGGCCUGAAUGUAUUAGAAACUCAGACUGUACAGCAGAAAAAGUGUGUCAAAAUCAGAGAUGCAUUGAUCCAUGCAUUGGCUUGUGUGGAAUUGAUGCUUUCUGUCAGGUUGUUGCCCAUGUACCUAAUUGUAUUUGCAAAUCAGGUUAUAUAGGAAAUCCAUUCACAUUAUGCACACUUGCAUACAAUGAACCUGAACCACCGGUAUACAAAAAUCCAUGUCAACCAUCUCCCUGCGGUUCCAAUGCUCAGUGUCGGGAAUUAAACGGUCAAGCGGUAUGUUCUUGUUUACCUGAAUUUGUUGGCAGUCCGCCUUCUUGCCGUCCGGAAUGUGUUAUCAGUUCAGAAUGUCCCUCCGAUAAGGCUUGUAUAAAUCAAAAAUGCAAAGAUCCCUGUCCAGGCGCAUGCGGUAUAAAUGCUGAAUGUCACGUGAGAAGUCAUAGUCCACUAUGUUCCUGCAAAGUUGGCUUUACUGGAGAAGCUUUCACACGUUGUUAUCUUAUUCCACCAAUGCAAAAUCGUACUGAGCCACCAAGAAACCCUUGUGUUCCAACUCCUUGUGGUCCGUACUCUCAAUGUAGAGAAAUAAACGGUGCGCCUUUGUGUAGUUGUCUACCAAACUAUAUAGGUUCCUCGCCAAAUUGUCGACCAGAGUGUACUAUUAACGCUGAGUGUGCCAGCAAUAUGGCCUGUAUUAAUGAGCGUUGUCGUGAUCCAUGUCCUGGUUCUUGCGGUUUUGAUGCCAUCUGCAAUGUAAUAAACCACACACCUACUUGCUCGUGCCCCAAUGGUUUUACAGGUGAUCCAUUUACAAGCUGUCGUUUAUUACCACCAACUCCUCCACCAAGUUCUACACCUGAACCUGUUGAUGCGUGCAUACCUUCACCUUGUGGUCCCAACACAGUUUGUAAAAACGGAAUUUGUUCUUGCUUACCAGAAUACUAUGGGGAUCCAACAGUUGGUUGUCGUCCAGAAUGUAUUUUAAAUUCGGAUUGUGCACGUGAUCGUGCGUGCAUUCGCAAUAAAUGUGCGGACCCUUGCCCAGGCAUAUGUGGAAUUAACGCUAUAUGUGAGAUAACAAAUCAUGUCGCAAUGUGUCGCUGUCCUGAACGCAUGACUGGAAAUGCGUUUGUAGCAUGUGAACCGAUGCGUGAUAUCAUACCCAAAAACCCUUGUCAACCAUCACCAUGCGGCCCGAAUUCACAAUGCAUCGAACGUAACAAUGAAGCUGUUUGCUCGUGUGUAACUGGUUAUAUAGGUAAUCCACCAAAUUGUCGCUUGGAAUGCUACACCAGUUCAGAUUGUGCACAAAUUCAUGCUUGUGUGAAUAAUAAAUGUGUCGAUCCAUGCCCUGGUAAAUGUGGCUUAAAUGCUGAAUGUCAAUCAGUGCAGCAUAGAGCACAUUGUGAAUGUAUUCGAGGAUUUACUGGUAAUCCUUACACAUUAUGUUCAUUAAUAGAUAUUCAACAAAAACCUAAAAUAAAGGAUCCAUGCUAUCCUUCUCCUUGUGGCCCGAACUCACAAUGCUCUAAUAAUAAUGACCAAGCAAGUUGUGUGUGUCUUAGUGACUUCAUUGGCGCUCCGCCAAACUGUCGUCCUGAAUGUUCUAAUAACGAUGACUGCCCUAAUAAUUUAGCGUGUGUAAACCGUAAAUGUCAAGAUCCUUGUCCUGGUUCUUGUGGGUAUAAUGCUGACUGCAAAGUAACACUACAUAUACCCAACUGUUAUUGUACAGGAACAAUGACUGGUGAUCCAUUCCGUAUGUGUUACGAAAUUUCAAAAACUAAACCAACAGAACCGAAAAAUCCAUGUCGACCAUCACCAUGUGGUGCAAAUGCAAACUGCAGAGUUCAAGGAAAUAUCUUUACUUGUGAUUGCAUAAACGACUAUAUUGGAAAUCCAUAUGAAGGCUGUCGUCCGGAAUGUGUUGGAAACUCUGAGUGUUCAGCAAAUCGUGCUUGCAUCCGCAGUAAAUGCGCUGAUCCCUGCAUUGGUACUUGUGGUGUUGAAGCUAUUUGUAACGUUAAUAACCACGUACCAAUGUGCUCAUGCCCACAUGGCUACACUGGCAAUGCGUUUGCACAAUGUUCGCCAAUUAUUAUAACUGAUAUACCAACGAAGACAGUUGAUCCAUGUUACCCUACACCAUGCGGUGUAAAUACUAUCUGCAAAUCACAAAAUGGACAAGCUGUAUGUGAAUGUUUGCCAGGUUUCUUUGGCAAUCCAAUUGGACAAGGUUGCCGUCCUGAAUGCACUCUUAGUUCAGAUUGUCCAAAGGAUAAAGCGUGUGUUAAUACGAAGUGUGUAGAUCCAUGUCCAGGUGUAUGUGGAUAUGGUGCAGAAUGUCGAACAGUAAAUCACAAUCCCAUAUGUAAUUGCCCUGCCACAAUGGUAGGCAAUCCAUUCGUUGAGUGCCAUCAACCAAAACAAGCUGAACCACUUAACCCCUGCAUUCCGUCACCAUGUCGAAUCAAUGGCAUUUGUCGGGUUGUCAACAAUGCCGCCACAUGUACAUAUCCCGAAUGUGUUACAAACGAGGACUGUGCACGUGAUCGCGCUUGUACCAAUCAAAAAUGCCGUGACCCUUGCAUAAACGCAUGUGGAUUAAACGCUCUAUGUAAUACUAUUAAUCAUAAAGCAAUUUGCACAUGUCCAGUCGGAUUCUAUGGUUCUCCAUAUAAUCAAUGCGUGCAACAAAUUGAAGUAGCACCGAUACCAAAACCAGAAUGUGUGACUGAUAACGACUGCUCCAACGACAAGGCAUGCGUCAACGAAGUAUGCAAAAAUCCUUGUGAGUUAUCAAACAUUUGUGGACAAAACGCACGGUGUCAUGUACAACUCCAUCGACCACUUUGUGUUUGUAAUGAAGGUUAUACUGGCAAUGCAUUUAAUUACUGUUAUCUUAUUGGCUGUCGCUCUGAUGAGGAGUGCCCAGCUACAGAAGCCUGUAUCAAUAAACAAUGUACAAAUCCAUGCCCAUAUACACAAUGUGGUACAAAUGCUGUUUGCCGAACUGACUAUAACCACAAAGCUCGUUGCUAUUGUCCGGAUGGUUAUCGUGGCAAUCCACUGAUACGGUGCGAACGUCCUGAAUGUACCAGAGAUGAUGAGUGUGCCUUCCAUUUAGCUUGCCGCAAUGAAAGGUGCGAAGAUCCAUGCAAUUGCGGUAUAGGCGCACAGUGUCGCGUAGAUAACCAUCAAGCAAAAUGUCGCUGCCCACCUGGCUAUAUAGGUAAUCCACUUGUCAAAUGCGAUAUUGAAGAAACCAAAAUUAUUCCACAAUGCACGACGGAUGCGGACUGCAGUAGUAAAUUGGCUUGCUUUAAUGGUGAAUGCAAAAAUCCGUGUGGUGUAACUAAGCCUUGCGGAGUACAUGCCAUUUGCUCCGUUGUCAAUACACUGCCGUUAAGAACAAUGCUUUGUGAAUGUGAGCAAGGUUAUAUAGGUGAUGCCGAUGUUGGUUGUCGUAAAGAACCUGUACGAGAUCACGGCUGUCAAUCAAAUGAUGAAUGUCCGUCUACUGAUGCCUGCCGCAAUACUGUCUGCGUAAAUCCCUGUACAGAUGCAUCGCCUUGCUCUCGUAGCGCUGAAUGUUUGGCUCAACAUCAUCGUGCCAUAUGCUCGUGUCCACAGGGUACUCAAGGAGAUCCAUUUGUAAAUUGCUAUCAACCAACUCAAAUAACAGCUGGUUGCACUCAUGAUUCAGAUUGCGCACCAACGACAGCAUGCAUCAACAAACGUUGUCAAGAUCCCUGUGCUGAGGCAAACCCAUGUGCUGGUAAUGCUGAAUGUCGAGUACUCAACUAUCGUCCAAUUUGCUACUGUCCAGCAGGUUGGGGCGGUGAUCCUCAAGUGCAAUGCUACAAACCUGAGUGUAAGGUUAAUGCAGAUUGUCCCUAUGACAAAGCCUGCAUUAGUAAUAACUGCGUUAAUCCUUGUAUUUAUGGAGAGGUUCGAUGUGGAAACGGAGCUCAGUGCGCCCCACAAAAUCAUCAAGCUGUUUGCAUUUGUCCACCCGGCACACAGGGCAAUCCUUUCGUUUCCUGCAUAACUGGUCACUGUCAAUAUAAUGAUGAUUGCGCUGAUCAUGAAGCAUGCGAUCGUCUUAAUCGUGUUUGUCGUCCGGUAUGUGAUGAUGAUACGUGUACCAGAAAUGCUGUUUGCAUUGGAAGAGCUCAUCAACCACAUUGUGAAUGCAAUAUUGGCUAUAUUGGAAAUCCAUUUGUUGAAUGUUCGCUACCCCGCGAACCACCAAAACCAAAGCCAGAGUGUAUACAAGACUCAGAAUGUCCAACUAAAUUAGCAUGUAUCAAUCAGCAUUGCGCUAACCCUUGUGCAACGCCACAUGUUUGCACACCACAACAAACUUGCACUGUAUUGGAUACUAUUCCUUUGCGUACCAUGAUUUGCAAAUGCCCUAGUGAUACUGUCACCGACAACUCUGGCAAUUGUGUACCAAUCCGACAUGAUGUGAUCAGUGGUUGUCAACACAAUGAAGAAUGUAAAAAUACGGAAAUAUGUCAACGUGGUGUUUGUAUUGACGCUUGUCGUUUGGAACACUGUGGUGUAAAUGCACAAUGCCGUUCACGGGAUCACUAUGCUGAUUGCAGUUGUGCACGUGGAUAUGAAGGCAAUCCCAGAAUUGAAUGUCAUCUUAUAAUCCAUGAGGAACCAAAAACUCCCGGAGCUGAGUGUAUUAAAAACGAUGAUUGCCCUAACGAUAAAACCUGUCGCAAUGAACGCUGCACUAAUCCUUGUAUUGAAGAUUCUUGUGGACGAGGGGCUUAUUGUCAUGUACAAAAUAGAGAAGCUAUUUGUCGCUGUCCACCAGGAUAUACUGGUAACCCAAAGAUUAACUGCAUACCUCCUGUCGAUGUGUCUACUAUUGGUUGCAAAUCAAAUGCUGACUGUCCUCUGUCAGAAUCUUGUGUCAACGAACGUUGUAUCAAUCCUUGCAACUGCGGUAGUAACGCAGAAUGUAUUGUACGUAAUCAUCAUCCUAUCUGUUACUGUAAAUCAGGAUAUUCAGGCAAUGCUCAAUUUGGUUGUAUAAAAAUCGGCUGUCAGUCAGAUGAUGAAUGUGCUCUUGAUGCUCAAUGUAUAAAUCAAGAAUGCGUGAAUCCGUGUCUAGUUUCCGAUCCUUGUGCUGUUAAUGCAGAAUGUUAUGGACGCAAUCACCGUCCUACAUGUCGUUGCCCAGCGGGUCUAGAGGGCGAUCCAUUCGUACGUUGCUUGCGAUUAGAGUGUCACUCGGAUUAUGAUUGUGCCUCCCAUCAAGCCUGUAUUAAAAAUCAAUGUGUAAAUCCAUGCAACGAAAACCCAUGUGCUCAAAAUGCUGUUUGUCAAACGUUGCAGCAUAAAGCAGUUUGUCGCUGCCCUGAAUAUAUACCACUAGGUAAUCCAUAUGCAUAUUGUGAACGUCGACCUGUUGAACCAGUUUGUCAAAAUGAUGGUGAUUGUCCAAGCCGCCUUGCUUGCAUCGAUAACAAAUGUCAAAACCCAUGUUUGGAGCUAUCUCCAUGUGCUUCUUCAUCUAAAUGUAGUGUUCUAGAUAGCAUACCAGUUAGAACUAUGGUUUGUGAAUGUCCAGAAUCAUAUGUACCUGAUGUUCAUGGCGAGUGCAAGCAAAUCGUGCUGCAAAGUCCUCCAGGCUGUAGCUCAGAUGCUGAUUGUAAUGAUCAGGAGGCCUGCAUAAAUAGACAAUGUCGAAAUCCUUGCAAUUGUGGUACAAAUGCGGUUUGUAAUGUUCAGAAUCAUCGUGCAACAUGCUCUUGUCAAGUUGGCUAUGAAGGUAAUCCUUACUCCGCUUGUCGUACGAUUGGUUGCCGUAUAGAUAGUGAGUGCGACUCAGGUAAAGCUUGUAUAAAUGGUGAUUGCAUUAAUCCUUGUCUUGUCAAUGAUCCUUGUGGUAUAAAUGCUGAAUGCUAUACCCAAUCAAACCGUGCUAUGUGUCGCUGUAAGAGUGGUUAUAGAGGCAAUGCUUACGAACGUUGUCGUGUAAUUGGAUGUUUAUCAAACAGCGAUUGUCCUUCUGAUAAGAUGUGCCAAAAUGAACAAUGUGUAAACCCAUGCGUGUAUCAUAAUACAUGUUCACCAAGGGCAGAAUGUCGUUCACAAAAUCAUAUGGCCGUGUGUCGUUGUCCAAUUGGAUUCUUAGGUAAUCCGUAUGUUGAUUGCACUCCAGAACCGCAGCCAACAUGCAAGCUUGACACUGAUUGCCCCUCUAGAUUAGCUUGUAUUAAUGAUGAAUGUGUCGAUCCAUGCUUAAUAGUGGAGCCUUGCAACCAGCCUGCGGAAUGCCAAGUUACACCAACGUCUCCAGUACGAACAAUGAUAUGUGUCUGUCCUGAUGGUUAUGUAAGUAGCGGUAGUGGCACCUGUAAGCCUACAAAAACUGUAAUUGAAGUAGGUGGUUGCAUAUCAGAUUCAGACUGUGAUGCGGAAAAAUCUUGUCUUAGUGGUGUUUGCCGUAAUCCAUGUAAUUGUGGAGUAAAUUCCGAAUGUCGUAUUAAAGAUCACAAACCUGUAUGUACUUGUCGUCAAGGUUAUGAAGGAAAUCCUGAGUUUGAAUGCUCAAAGGUAGAAUGCGCUAUAAAUUCUGAUUGUCCAUCUACGCAUGCUUGUAGAAAUCAACUUUGUGUUCCUGCUUGCCAAGGAGAACAAUGCGGUAGGAACGCUGAAUGUAUUGCUGUAAAUCAUCGUGCCGUUUGUGAAUGUACACCAGGUUUCCGUGGCAACGCGCGCAUAUCCUGUACACAAAUAGGUUGUCGUACGGAUAGCGACUGUCCAUUAGACAAAGCUUGCAUAAAUAGUAAAUGUGAAAGUCCGUGUGAUACAACGGCAGUAUGUGCAAUCGAUGAAAUUUGUAAAGUUUAUCAACAUCGUCCAAAUUGUGCUUGUCCGCCGGGUACAAUUGCUAGGCGCAACGGCUGUGAGCCUCUACGCGAAAUACCUAUUUGCCGUUAUGAUGGUGAUUGUCACAGUCAAACUGCAUGCAUUCGUGGCGAAUGUGUAAAUCCUUGUAAUGCAACUGAACCAUGUGGUGUAAAUGCUAUAUGUCGUGUACUAGAUACAGUUCCCGUACGUACAAUGGUAUGUGAAUGCUUAAAAGGUUAUACUGGUAAUGCUGCUGUACAAUGUGACAAACGGUCUCUUUGUGUCGUUGAAAAAGGUUUUAUGAGAGAUAUUGAUGGUCAAUGUGUUUGCCCACCUGGCAGUGCAUUAGAUAUAUACGAAUAUUGUACACCUUGUAUAAUUGAGCAAGGAUUUAAAAUUGAUGAAACAGGACACUGUGUUUGUGCUUUAGAAAGAGGAAUGGUAAUUGAUGAACGUGGCCGCUGCAUAUGUCCUAUAAAUCACGGAUAUCGUCUUACCUCAUCUGGAGAAUGUAUACCAGAAGGUAGACCUGAAUGCGAAAUCGACAGUGACUGUGCCGAUAAUCGUUACUGUAAUUUAGAUACUAAAACAUGCGAUGAUCCUUGUCUUCUCAAAACUUGUGGUCUAAAUGCCUUCUGUAAUGCUAUUAACCAUCGUGCACAAUGCGUUUGUAUUGCUGGUUAUACUGGCAACCCAGACUUAGUAUGCAAUCAUACCAACUUCCGUACCGAUUUUCCACAACCCGAAAUGGUCGUCAGUUGUCUAGCUGAUGGUGUACAAGUAGAGAUUCAUAUUACUGAACCUGGUUUUAAUGGUGUACUUUAUGUUAAAGGUCACAGCAAGGAUGAAGAAUGUAGACGUGUUGUAAACCUGUCUGGUGAAACUGUGCCAAGAACUGAAAUAUUCCGUGUUCAUUUCGGUAGCUGUGGUAUGCAAGCGGUUAAAGACAUUGCAAGCUUUGUGCUAGUUAUACAAAAGCAUCCGAAAUUGGUGACAUAUAAAGCGCAAGCAUAUAAUAUUAAAUGUGUAUACCAAACUGGUGAAAAGAAUGUCACUAUUGGAUUUAAUGUAUCAAUGUUAACAACAGCUGGUACCAUUGCGAAUACAGGUCCCCCACCUAUUUGCCAAAUGCGUAUUAUAACGUAUGAUGGUAAAGAGAUUAACUCAGCUGAAAUUGGUGAUAAUCUCAAAUUACAAGUAGAUGUCGAACCAGCAACAAUAUAUGGUGGAUUUGCUCGCUCCUGUAUAGCAAAAACAAUGGAAGACAACAUUGAGAAUGAGUAUAUUGUGACUGAUGAAAAUGGAUGUGCUACCGAUACAUCUAUAUUUGGCGAUUGGGAAUAUAAUCCAGACACGAAUAGUCUUCUUGCUAACUUCAAUGCAUUUAAAUUCCCUUCAAGUGAUAAUAUACGUUUCCAAUGCAAUAUACGUGUUUGCUUCGGAAAAUGUCAACCCGUUAAUUGUCGUGGUUAUAAUGCUUUUGGCAGAAGACGUAGACGUUCAAUUGCCGACAACUCUACUACGGAUUCGACGGCAGUAGCUACUAACACUGGUAUGGAAGGACAACUACGGGAGGAAAUUACAAUAUCGUCAAAUGCAAUUUUAACAUUCGAAAAACGAAGCGGUAAUGGUGCAAAUGACGCGAAUAUUAAACCAGCUGCACAGCGCGUGGAGGAUAUCUGCGUUUCUAUGGUUGGUCUAAUAAUUGCUUUAGUAAUAACAGCACUUUUGGCCCUCGUUGCGGUUGCUGUUGCGGUGUCCUGUUGGCUAAUGGCAUACAGAAGGCGGCCGAAGACACUAGCACCUUUACCGCAUCCACCAGAAUUCCCAAACCCAUUAUUUACUAAUCCUGAAGCUGCGCCGGAACCAACACCGGACUACUUGUCGUAAGCAGCACGUAAGAUACCUAGCAAACAAAACUUUGAAAACAAAAUUUAGUUUUAGUUAAGAAAUGAUAAAAAGUAGUGUAAGAAUAUUAUAUUGGAAAUUAUAAGAUAAAAAAAAUUUGUGAACGGCAUGUGCAAAAAGGUAGUUAGAAAAAUUACACUAAAUGCCAGACAAGCACAUGCUUGUAAUAUUGUAUUAUCAAUUUUGAAUGUGAAAAGAAAAACAAAAGAAUAUGAAGGUGACAAUUAAUAUUUUUUCUUAAACUAUUAUGUACACAAUCUAAAUUUAUAUGCUGGCACUCCCAACAUAUAUAUAUAUACGUAUGUAGAAGCAGGACCAUUAUCUAGAAAAGUAUAUUGAAAUUAUGAUUUCAUAAUAUAGACAUAUAGACAUAUGUAUAUAAAUGAAUAUUUAUAUAUGUUGUAUAUAAUAUACAAUUGAUUAAUGCCACAAUAAGGUGUACAAUAUAGGUCCAAACAUAUGACCUGCAAAACCUAAUUAAACUAAAAAACGUGAGAAUUUCAAGUAGCUUUUUUAGUUAACAAAUUUUAGUAAAAAAACAAAAAACUUUCUGAAAGUAUAUAUAUAUAUUAUUCUUU